GAGGGCGGCGCCGGGAGCACAGCUGGGCGCGCUUGCGCAGUGAAGGAAGCGAGCGGGCGGAACCGUCGAGGCCGUGGCCGCCCUGAUGGGGGAAAAAUUAGCCUCGGGGAUAACCAGCGUGCUCUGGUCUAAUUGGUGCAUGGAAGGGGUUAAAAGCGUAGAAUAAACUAUUUCAUACUGAUAUAGGGACACAAUAAAAAUAUAUAGUGACAUACAAAAAAACCCCGCAUUUUAGUAUAGUGGUACCUCAGGUUACAUACGCUUCAGGUUACAGACUCUGCUAACCCAGAAAUAGUGCUUCAGGUUAAGAACUUUGCUUCAGGAUAAGAACAGAAAUCGUGCUCUGGCGGUGCAGCGGGAGGCCCCAUUAGCUAAAGUGGUGCUUCAGGUUAAGAACAGUUUCAGGUUACGAACAGACCUCUGGAAUGAAUUAAGUACUUAACCUGAGGUACCACUGUACUGUAAAUAUAAGUUAACAUGAAGCCCCCUCCUCACCUUCAAGCCCAUGGUCUUCCAGAAAAUGGCUGUGAAGAACAGCAAAUCUUGAGUUCCUAUACGGCCACUGGUCCCAUCACCUCCUGGCAAAUAAAAGGGGAAGAAAUGGAGGCAGUGAGAGAUUUUACUUUCUUGGGCUCCAUGAUCACUGCAGAUGGUGACAGCAGCCACGAAAUUAAAAGACGCCUGCUUCUUGGAAGAAAAGCAAUGACAAACCUAGACAGCAUCCUAAAAAGCAGAGACAUCACCUUGCCAACAAAGGUCCGUAUAGUUAAAGCUAUGGUAUUCCCAGUAGUGAUGUGUGGAAGUGAGAGCUGGACCAUAAAGAAGGCUGAUCGCCGAAGAAUUGAUGCUUUUGAGUUCUGGUGCUGGAGGAGACUCUUGAGAGUCCCAUGGACUGCAAGAAGAUCAAACCUAUCCAUUAUUAAGGAAAUCAGCCCUGAGUGCUCACUGGAAGGACAGAUCCUGAAGCUGAGGCUCCAAUACUUUGGCCACCUCAUGUGAAGAGAAGACUCCCUGGAAAAGACCCUGAUGCUGGGAAAGAUGGAGUGCACAAGGAGAAGGGGACGACAGAGGACGAGAUGGUUGGAUAGUGUUCUCAAAGCUACUAGCAUGAGUUUGACCAAGCUGCGGGAGGCAGUGGAAGACGGAAGUGCCUGGCGUGCUCUGGUCCAUGGGGUCAUGAAGAGUCAGACACGACUAAACGACUAAACAACAACAACAUACCAAUAAUCUAGGGAUUCACACCACUUUGGAACUAAACUGAUUUUUUUUUACUGUCUCUGCAGCCUUUCUAGCUCAUGCACGGCAAAGCACAUGAACCUGACUUUUGAAAAGUUUGUAAGCAAACCAGUUUUCAACUAACCAAACAUCUUCUCCCUAUGCUGGAGGAAGAGGGACAUUUUUGGACUGGCUUGGAAGGGCAUAUUUUAAACGUCUUAACAACCUAGAUUUCUACAUUUUACUUUGCUGUGUAUUUUGUGACUUUGAAUCUCUGCUGGGGUUGUGUCACCAAAGAGUACUGGGAUCUUGGAAUCCAGGAAUUCUCCUUUCUAUAUCUAUAUUUGCAGCAACACAAGCCAGGAACCAGCAAUUUUGGUGAUUUAGUGCAGAAGGUACAGGGCAAUGCACCAAAUAAACGCAAAUAUCCCGAUUUGUUUAAUAAAUAAGGUAUCUAAUUGGUAUUGAAUAUUUUGAACCAUCAAAUGUAAUUUAGAAGCGUCUAUUGCAUCGCUCUUAAGUUAUUCCAGUGCUUUUGACAUUCACUCAACAGGACAUUUCAAGGCAUCAGAAAAGUUUAUUUGUAGAGACCAGCUGGAUAUAAAUGUUGCCUGCAUGCUUUUACAUUUCCAUAAUAAUAAUAAUAAUAAUAAAUUUUAUUUAUAUCCCGCCCUCCCCAGCCGAAGCCGGGCUCAGGGCGGCUAACAACAAUAAAACAGUACAAAAGUACAGCAUAAACAACAGUCUAAAAUCAUUCGUUAUAAAAUUAAUUAAUUCAAGCCACUGGCAACCAUUGGGCCAGAGCUCCGCGAAGAUUGCCGAGGGAGGGAGUCAGGCUGUGCCCUGGCCAAAGGCCUGGUGGAACAGCUCUGUCUUGCAGGCCCUGCGGAAAGAUGUCAAGUCCCGCAGGGCCCUGGUCUCUUGUGACAGAGUGUUCCACCAGAUCGGAGCCACAGCCGAAAAGCCCUGGCUCUAGUUGAGGCCAGCCCUAACUUCUCUGGGGCCUGGGACCUUCAAGAUGUUUUUAUUCGAAGACCGUAAGUUUCUCUGUGGGGCAUACCAGGAGAGGCGGUCCCGUAGGUACGAGGGUCCUAGGCCGUAUAGGGCUUUAAAGGUUAAAACCAGCACCUUAAACCUGAUCCUGUACUCCACCGGGAGCCAGUGCAGCUGGUAUAGCACCGGGUGAAUGUGAUCUCGCAGCGAAGACCUCGUAAGGAAUCUCGCUGCAGCAUUCUGCACCCGCUGGAGUUUCUGGGUCAGUCUCAGGGGCAGCCCCACGUAGAGCGAGUUACAAUAAUCCAGUCUGGAGGUGACCGUCGCAUGGAUCACAGUGGCUAGGUCAGGGCGAGAGAGGUAAGGAGCCAACUGCUUAGCUUGGCGGAGAUGGAAAAAUGCCGCCUUUGUUAUAGCUGCAAUCUGCGCCUCCAUGGAAAGGGAGGUGUCGAAGAUUACACCCAAACUCUUAACGGACGGUGCUGGCACUAAUUGCGCCCCCGCAAGAGAUGGGAGUUGCCCCCAAUCCCAUAUCGCCCCGUCCCAGCCACAGGACCUCUGUCUUCGAAGGAUUUAGCUUCAACCGGCUCCCACGAAACCAUCCAGCCACAGCUUCCAAACAUCUAGUCAGUGUGUCUGGGGCCGAGUCAGGAUGGCCAUCCAUCAACAGAUAGAGUUGGGUGUCAUCGGCAUACUGAUGGCAACCCAGCCCAAAACUCCGAACAAGCUGGGCGAGGGCGCAUAAAGAUGUUGAAAAGCAUCGGGGAGAGUAUCGCACCCUGAGGUACUCCACACACCAAGGAGUGGCGCGAUGACAAUUCCCCCCCAAGCGCCACCCUCUGUCCCCGACCAGAGAGAAACGAGCGCAGCCAUUGAAGGACUGUGCCCUGGAUCCCCACGUCGGCAAGGCGGUGGUCUAGAAGUUCGUGAUCGACCAUGUCGAAAGCUGCUGACAGAUCUAGAAGAAUCAGCAGCCCCGACCCGCCUCGAUCCAGCUGUCUACGAAGAUCAUCUGUUAGGGCAACCAGAGCCGUCUCGGUCCCAUGACCAGUGCGGAAGCCGGACUGGAAUGGAUCCAGAGCCGAUGUUUCAUCCAGAAAACCACCAAGCUGUUCAGCAACCGCUCUCUCAAUCACCUUACCCAGGAACGGAAGAUUCGAAACCGGGCGGUAAUUGGAUAGAUCUAAAGGAUCUAAUGAUGUUUUCUUUAAGAGCGGGCGCACCACUGCCUCCUUCAGUUCCCCUGGGAAUGUCCCCGUGCCAAGGGACAAAUUGAUGAUAUCCCCCAGGAGGGCCCGCACCUCGUCUGGACACGCUCUAAUCAGCCAAGACGGGCACGGGUCGAGAGGACAGGUGGUGGGCUUUCCAGCUCGGAGGAGUCUGUCCACAUCGGCUGGGGAUAUCCGGUCGAAGUGGUCCAAUACUGGACCCGAGGACAGUCGAGGGGCCUCCAGUUCCUUUAUUGUAUCCAAAUUGGCCGGGAGGUCAUGGCGGAGCAACAAGACCUUCUCCGCAAAAAAGCUCGCAAAUGCCUCACAGCUGUGUGUCAAAUUGUUAUUUAAAUUUGGCUGUCCCUCAAGGGACGUUAAAGACCUGAUUAUACUAAAUAAUUGCGCCGGGCGAGAGCUUGCGGAUGCAAUGGAGGCCGAGAAGUAUGACUUCUUAGCAGCCUUCACCGCCAUCUCGUAGGUUUUCAUAAAAGCCCUAUAAGAUGUUCUUGAGGCUCCGUCACGGGCACCCCGCCAUACUCGCUCUAGCCGUCUGAGGUCCCGCUUCAUUUUCCGGAGCUCCUCGGUAAACCAGGGAGCCCGGUUUCUGCGGGGUCGCAGAGGGCGCUUAGGUGCGAUCUCAUCGAUGGCUGCCAGGAGCUGGGUAUUCCAGCCCUCAACAAGCUCAGUCAAUGAGUCGCCAGGGGAGCAAGGUCCCGCAAGGCUUGGCGGAAUCUAUCAGGGUCCAUCAGCCUCUGCGGGCGAGCCCAAAUCGGCUCGCCACCUAAGCAGGGUGGGGGUGGAAAGUCAAUCCUGGCUUUCAGAGCGUAGUGAUCAGACCAUGGCACCUUCAUCGAAGGAGACAUGAUCACAUCUAUACCUACGCCAAAGAUCAAAUCCAGCGUGUGGCCUGCUUGAUGUGUGGGGCCCGAAACAAACUGGGAGAGCCCUAGUGUCGCCAUGGAAGACACCAGGUCCAGAGCCUGUGAGGAGGGAGUGGCAUCAGCAUGGAUGUUAAAGUCCCCCAAUACCAAUAGGUUAGGGAACUCCAAGGCCCAGCCGGCCACCGCCUCCAAUAGGCCUGACAGGGUGGCUGCUGGUGCGCUAGGUGGCCGGUACACCAGCCAGACAGCCAAGCUCUCCUCGGAGCCCCACACUAGGCCAACACAUUCAAUGCCGGGGAUCGAUGGCGAUGGUAGAGCCCUGAAAGGACAAUCUUCCCGGAUUAAUAAUGCCACCCCUCCCCCCCGGCCCACAGUCCGCGACUGGUGGAGGACGGAGAAACCCGGGGGCGCCAUCUCUCGUAAGGUAACUGUUGCCCCUUCGCGCACCCAGGUCUCCGUCACACAAGCCAGGUCGACCCCCUGCGAGAUAAAGAAAUCUCGCAGGGUGGCGGGUUUAUUGCCUAUAGACCUGGCAUUGCACAGCACCAGUGACGGAGGUGAGUAAUCCUUGCUCACCCUACCCUCGUCCCUUGGGAUGGGGCGCAGAUUGGAAGGGGUACGAGCGUAUCCAUAUCUCGAUCCCCUUCGCCUAUAACAUCUGCCCCCACCGCCAUACCUCCCUCGCCCCUCCACGGUAGCAAUCCCAGGCCUCAUGGUCGCCUCCAUUGAUGGUAUUCUUUCGCAGCCUAAAACAAUAAAACCUUAAAACAAUAAAAACAAAAAACAAAACAACCCAGAAAACAAUAAAACAAUACAAAUAAAAACUGCAAAAAUUACAAAUUCAUCAAAAUCUAACAAAUUCCCAAGCCCACCCAAACAUCCAUCCCACCCCAUAUAUAAAAAUCUAAAGGGAAAGGAAAAUAUUUAAUAAUAAUAAUAAUAAACAUGUUAAAAGAACUCUGCACCCCUCCGGGUCCUCCUGGGCAGUAGCAGCAUCAGUGGCAACAACCAUACUUGUGAAGCCCCACCCUGGGCCAGAUAGUAAGUGGCAGGAGCAGUCCUUGUGAGGCCUGCCAAAAGAGCUAGAGAGAUUAUUAUUUUUUUAGAGAACAAAAAGCUGAAAAUUCAGACAAAGGCCUGAAAUAGCUUAAGGAGAUGAAAAUGAUGGAAUAUAUGGAGCUGGCUGACCUUACUGGAAGAAUCCGCAACCAGAAAGAAGAAGAACAUCAAGAGUGGAAGAAAUUUAAAGACUAUUUGAACAAAUAUUGUAACAUUAAAAAUUAGAAACUACUUGAAACUACUAAAUAGGUCUAGGAUGAAAGUAAGAGUUGUAAAAUAAUUGAGAUUCAGAACUUCGAAAAGUUAAGAAAUUAGAACUUAAUUGGAACAUUGUGUUUUAAUAAUGAUAUUAGAAAACCGCUACAUUUAAAUACAAGGAAAUUCAGAUGGGAGGGCUCAAAGGAAGUCCAAACUAUGGUAAUGACGUUAGAAGUUUGAGCAGCUAAUUAAUUUGUAUGGUCUGGGUGUUUGUCAAUAUGUAUUUUUAUUUUCUUAUAUUCUUUUUUGUUUAUAUUUGUGAUUUUGUCUUUAUUUUUUGUUGUCGUGUGUGGUAUAUUUGUAAGAAACUUAAUAAAAAUUAUUUUUUUAAAAAAAUGAAAUAGCUUAAGGAGGCCAGCAGAAUUUUGCCUACAGGGGUGUAAAGGCUGGAUCUACACCUGCAGCAGAAUUAAGUGUCAAUGCACUUGGGGAAAAUGCGUGAGAUGAAUCAAGGAUGGGCAGGCUUCAGACUUGUGUGAUAAACCACAACAGCAGCCCCACAACCUCAAGCUCUGCCAGGCAGAGUGAAGUGCAAAAAGACCCGAGCACAUUCUGAACCGUGGGAAUUGGUUUCCAUGUUCAGAACUGAACUCCCUCCUUUUCUCACUCCUGCCUCUGACCCGGUUUCCCUUCGGGAAGAAAAGGCACGUGGCGUCUCCCUCGAACUCGGAUCUUCUUCCCUCACGCUCGCACACCCCAUCCUCACGUUAUAUUAGACACCCGAAGCGGGAAGAGCAGAGCCGGUGGGUGAACUGGGACUCGGGACCCUCUAUUCCGCGGCAGCUCUCAGAACAAGAGGGCGCAGGAGCAUGGCAAGAGCGCGCCGGUUGGGAAGCGGGAAGAAGCCAGCUUUCUAAAUCCCGCGGCCGGGCGGCGUCGGGCUUCGUAGGCCGCCGCCACCGGCUUCCAUUGGUUGCCAGGCAACCGAGGCGGCGUCCGCGAGGGCGGCCAUUUUCUCUCGCUCGGGACGGGGGAAGCGUCUCUCUCUCUCUCUGCGGAAGGUGAGAGAAGCGGCGUCUCUCUCCAUCUCUCGGGUCGUCGUUCAGGUGAGUGCCAGACUCACCUGCUGGAUCAGGCCAUUGGCCCAGCCAGCCCAGCCUCGCAGGAGCCCGUCGUGGGAGAGAAGCAUUUCUCCACAUGAACUUCUAUCAGGGCGCCAAUUUGAAUUUUAAAUAUUUUUUUUUUUGGGGGGGGGGGUUGUCAGCUAAGCCCUGUCCCGCAUAAUGAAUCACACGAUGCAGCACACAAACACCAUUUCAAUGGCCAUCAACUUUUUUUGGGGGUGGGGUGGGGAGGGCAGCUUCCCCAAAUAUUUUAUGGGGGGGGGGAGGGCAAAGGGACCUCGACCCCUAGGUGUGGGAUCCGAGGACUUCUGUCAUGUUGCCUCUUCAUCGCUUUUCCUAGUCUAACCCAAGUGGUUCCGAACCUUUUUUUUGGCCAUGCCUCACCUAAGCAUCUCUAAAAUCCUGAUGACCCGCCCCCCCCCCCGACAUAUAAUUCUUAUUAUUCAAAAAGUGAUCUCCUAUUCACGUGGAGUAAGCCUAAAAGGCCAUAAACCUGGUCUGAACAAGCUCGAAUUGCCACCCCUUAAAAAUCAAAUUGCCCCCCUGUUGGGAAGCACGUCUGCAACUCUUCCUUACAGGGGAGUUACUCCACCCCCUUGAUCAUUUUGAUGGCCUUUUUUCCUGAAGCUUUUCCAGCUCCUCCUUCAGGUGAGGUGACCAGAACUGUACGCAGUACUUCAAAUAGGUCACCCCACAGAUUUGGAUAAUUGGCAUUAUGAUAUUGGCCGUCCCCUCCCCAUUUCUUUCUAGUGUGGAAUAUGCCUUAUUUUUUUUAUGGCCACCUCACACUGGGUCAGCAUCUUCAUUGAGCUAUCUAGUAUGACCUGGCAUCAUGAAUGUGGAGUCUCAACUUAAUAUUUAGUGUGUAAAUAUUAAGUUGGAACUUCUGGCAUAUUCUGAACUCCCAUGCCCCAGUAAACCUUUUCAGUGACAUCCAGACUUACAGUGGUCCUAUGCACAAGGACACCCAGGCAAGGAAACUAUUAUACCUCCUCCCCUGAAAUCUGGGAGCAGGGGUUAGAUACAACAGAGAGCCCAUAGUUUAGGGCUUUUGAAUUUUAAUUUUUUUAACAAUUGUGUUGUGAACUCAAGAGUACGUACCUCGAAAAAAGCAAACUGGCAUUAAAGAAUUAAAUGCAUAUUUUUGAAAAGAUAGAAAUUGAAAUGUCACAAAAUGUAUUUUAAUAGUAAGUGUAAAGAAACCUGGCAUUUAGAAUUCAACUUUGAAAGUUUCCCCCCUCAUCUUUUCAAAUACUACCUCCUCGGCAUAAAUCUUAGCAUAUACUAGUAGCAGCACUAGUGUAUUCAUGAAAAAUAGUAUUUAUACUUAGAUUAAACUGUAACUGAUGACAAUAUAUACCGUACAUUUAAUGAUUUACAGGAAUCCUGCAUGUGAAAAUGGCCAGCCAGCUGAAGCACAUUGAAAUUGUAGUCCAACAGCUUAAUCGUUUCAAUCCUGAAAAUGAGAGUGUUGGGCAUUUCUUGGAUGAAACAGCUGCUAAAACAUUCCAGGUAUGCAGAAUCCUACUUCAUCCUGCACAAUUUUCACAUUUUAAAUUGGCUUUCUUCCUUUCUUAGAACUAAGCAAGAUUAAUCUUAAUGUCACCAGAUAUCAAAAUGCUUUCAGUGGAUGGGGGGAGAAGUAGGAGCAAGCAAACUAGAUCAAAAUCCCAUGGUGGUGGUGGUGGGGGGGAGGAAUAAUCUGAAAUAUCUGGCUUGGCAUGUUGUUAGACUAGUCCUCUGAAAUAUUAAGUGCAAACACUUAAAGUUUGUUAUUUUUAAGCCUCUAGAUAAAUGCAUUAGUUAUAGGUGGGAUUUCCAUUUAAACUAGUAAGAAGAUUGUAUGCCUCUACUUUAGAAGAAGGAAAUUAAUUUUAGGAAUAGCACAGGAAUAUGGACAUAAACAAGCCUGAGUGUGAUGCAUUAAUGGAUGCCCAGGUGUCAGUUUCUGGACUGUGGGAAUUACCGUAUUUUUCGCUCUGUAAGACGCACCAGACCACAAGACGCACCUAAUUUUUGGAGGAGGAAAAUAAGGAAAAAAAUAUUCUGAAUCUCAGAAGCCAGAACAGCAAGAGGGAUCGCUGCGCAGUGAAAGCAGCAAUCCCUCUUGCUGUUCUGGCUUCUGUGAUAGCUGCGCAGCCUGCAUUCACUCCAUAACACACACACACAUUUCCCCUUACUUUUUAGAAGAGUAAAAGUGAGUCUUAUAGAGCAAAAAAUACAGUAUCUUAGAAGCUCCACUUGGUUUGGGAUGUAUGCCUACCAUUCCUAUCUUUGUCUCUGCUACUUUAUAUGAUGGAAAGAUAAGUGGGGAGGCAGGAGCAGUGGGGGAGGAGAUUCUUAAAAAUAAGAGUCCUCAGCCCUUUGUUGAUAUUGCCAUGAGAUCCAGGAGAAGUGUGGAUUCCAAAGUGGACCUACGUCGAAUCUGCUCAUUAAUCUUGGAAGUGCGGAUCAAGUGAGUCUGCUUUGGAAGCUGAAUUUGCCAAAUUCCUUUCCUAUGCCUAAUACGUUUACACAGAAAUCUCAUCCAUUCACCUUGACAGAGCAUUAAUCAAUCCUAUUUUGUCCCCUCUCCCCACAUCAUCUCUCUCCACAACUGUCAUCAAGUGGGUGAAAGGAAUAAUGCUUCUGUUUCUUAUCCCUAUUCCAUUUUUUCAUUUGCUCUUUCCCCAUUAAUCUCCUACUCCUAUUCUUCCCUGUUCCCCCUUUUCUGCCCGUUAGCCUCCUUUCAUCCUCUUCCAGGUCCUUAAUAUGCUCCAGAAGUGCUUCCUCCCUAGAACAUGUGAGAUCUUAAUCCCAGACUGACUGACAACCUUCCCUCCACAGAAAGAGACUGGACUGCAAAGCUGGUUGUCAAGCAAACCUUUGUUCCUUUAGCAGCUGGAACAUUUGAGAGUUCAGUGGCAACACAUUAGCUCACCCAUCCAUUGUCAGAGGGUUCUGUGCCACAAGCACAGAAUGUUUGCAUUGUUAUUUUCUACCACUGCAGAUGUUGCUGCAACAGGCCAGGGGGCAAUAGAAAGCUUGACCUGGUCCACAGGCCUGAGAUCCACUACCCUUCUCUAAACCCUGACUUGUUGUCUUGAUAAUUCCUAUUAGGAAGCUCAGAUUUUGCUGUGAGGAACUGUAGUUCUUGAUUAAUUAUCAAAAUAUAUGUAUCAUUUGGGAACAUGUAUGUGUUGUUGUGCAUGUGUAACAGUAAAAUGCACCAGCUGUGGUUUCUUGCCUUAGCACAGGGGUCAGCAAACUUUUUCAGCAGUGGGCUGGUCCACUGUUCCUCAGACCUAUUUUGAGGAAAAAAAUGAACAAAUUCCUACGCCCCACAAAUAACCUAGAGAUGCAUUUUAAAUAAAAACACACAUUCUACUCAUGUAAAAAAACCAGGCAGGCCCCACAAAUAACCCAGAGAUGCAUUUUAAAUAAAAGGACACAUUCUACUCAUGUAAAAACAAGCUGAUUCCUGGACCAUCCGCAGGCUGGAUUAAGAAGGCGAUUGGGCUGGAUCCAGCCCCCAGGCCUUAGUUUGUCUACCCAUGCCUUAGCACUAUGAGAUGAGGGGCAACAACACUUUGCAGAGAUCUCACUUUGACAAGCAUGAAAUAAAUUAAACAGCAACUGACUUCAGAGAGCAGCACAUCAUGACAAACUUCACUGUAGAUUUUGUUAUGGGACAAAAGGAAUUGGUCCACCAGAUGUUCCACUGUUACAGAAAAUGGUUUAGAAAGAGCUACAGCAUAGAGCACAAGGUGGAAUACAGGAAACUCUCCUCUACACGUAACAUGUUUGUCCACUGCAAGAACUGGACCAACCUCUCUUUCAAAGUAAUCUUGAACCAUAUGGCUGACCUCACCCAGAGUAGCUAUGCUGGAAAAACUCAUGAGCACAGUGCAUAACAAGGAGCUUCCUUUUCCAGCAAAUUAUUUGUGAGCUUCAUCUUGUCAGAGGCCUUGGAUUGUUAGCUCUAUGGAGUAGUGACUCAAGCCAGUGGCAAUCUUUGUAUAGUUCCUUCCUUAAUGGCCAAUCCAUGUUAUCAUUGGGCAGAGAAUUGUGGUGUUUUGUUCCAUGCGUUGGACUUUGCUCCCCAAAUUGUAAUCAAUUUAAUCUCUACAGGCUUUCAGUGUAACAGAUGAAACCUUUUUGAUGGCAACUUUAUCUGGCUGUAUAGAAUAUAAACCUCUGUUGGAUGUGGUGGUCAAUGCAUUUUAUACCAGAGAUGGAAAACAUUGCCUGUUGUCUGACCAUAAUCUUUACGUUGGUAGGUAUUAUCUAAUCAGAAUAUAAUGAUUUAGUGUUGGGUAUUACACAAUUACAAUAUAAUGACAUAGGAAAUUUACACGGGGUUGUCAUUAUCAUUUGUUUGCAGUCAGUAGACUAUAUGUGUGUGUGUGUGUGUGUGUGUGUACACACACACACACACACACACACACACACGUGUGCCAUAGGUUCGCCACCACUGACUCAGAGCCUUUGGAUAAGCAUAUUCUGCCUAAAAUCGUGAGGCUGAGUCAUGAAACCGCUAGACACACUGUAAUGAGCUUGAGAAAAGCUGAACCAGAGAACUCCUUGCCACAAGGAAAUCACUGUGGCAAAGAAGUUGGGAAUUUCUAGAGGGGUAAGAUAUCAAUAGGGAUGCGGGUGGUGCUGUGGGUUAAACCACAGAGCCUAGGAUUUGCCAAUUGGAAAGUCAGCGGUUCAAAUCCCUGCAACGGGGUGAACUCCCGUUACUUAGCCCCUGCUCCUGCCAACCUAGCAGUUCGAAAGCACGUCAAAGUGCAAGUAGAUAAAUAGGUACCGCGUUUCCAUGUGCUGCUCUGGUUCACCAGAAGCAGCUUAGUCAUGCUGGCCACAUGACCCGGAAGCUGUACGCCGGCUCCCUCGGCCAAUAAAGCGAGAUGAGCGCCGCAACCCCAGAGUUGUCUGCGACUGGACCUAAUGGUCAGGGGUCCCUUUACCUAAGAUAUCAAUAGAAAAUAAUGACUGUCAUUGGCAGCUGACUAUGCCAAACUCUAAUUCCACCUUCUACAAUUAUGUGAUGUGACAUGCUCUGCUUCUUCACCAUCAUUUUGUAACUGGUGGGCCUCAGUAAUUUUCAUGUGACUCCUGGGGAUCAAACAUUUGAGAACCCUUCUAUAUACUAACUUUGCACUAGUCCAGUAAAGUUAUCAAUUUUGUAUCAUUAUCCAUAUUCAUCUAUAAAAUACAAAUCUAUUUUAUUUCUGAUAGUUGUUUGUUAUUUGGCCACUUUUCAAUUGGAUGAACUUGGACUUCAGCAGUUCUCAAGAAUGGUCAAGGCAGCAGAUCCUGUUAAAAUAUGUAAGGUAAAUAAAACUGAUGUAGUUAAGCAAUUAUUAUUUUUUUAAAAACAACAUUUUUAUUAUCCAUUAUGGGUUAACUGGUUCCCCCCAAUAAUAUAUUAAAUUACAUAUCUGGAUAUCAAUAAUGAAGAAGUUUCAUUGUCAAUCAACUAGACAAAGGUUGUCCACCAUAUAAUUAUCCUAUAUGCCUCAGCAAAUGGUAAGCUACCCCUCCUAGUGGUGCAGCAAUAAAACUGCUAUCACAUUUGCAAAGCUAAGCAGGGUCCCUUAUGGUUUCAAAUUGGAUGGGAGACUGUUCAGAUUGCUGCAUUGCAGAGGGUUGGACUAGAAUCACUAGAUGAUGCUUGGGAUCCCUUCCAACUCUGCAAUUCUAUGAUUCUUUACCAGAUGGGUUGGAACCAAAGUUGUCUGUCCACAAAAGGAAGGGUUUCUUCCAUUCACAGAAGGCACUGAGAUCCAGUGAAGACUGUUAUUUUCAGUUCCCCCUGCAGCCUUCCCGUCUCCUCCCAUAUUCUGUACUUUCUCCCAGCCUAGUGAAACAGAUUUCUAUUACACAGGGGACUGCAGGAAGAAGUAGAAAUCAGCUAAAAUUGCCUCUCAACUUCUUCUAGAUAUUUAUUGAUUUAUUGAUUUAUUUAAUAUUUUGCCCAAUACCCUCAGGUCUCAGGGUGGUUCACAGGAUAAAAUCAGAAUAGAAAACCACAAAGUACACAAUCAAAAUAAAAACAACAACCCAAUAACCCCCCACCCCUGAUAACUCUCAAUCUAACCCUGUGGUUGCAGGAUAUUCAGUGAUCUCAACAGAAUUCAAAUAGACAUAGGAACGGAUGUGGACAGGAUGCAGUCAGUGCUUUUUUUUCUAAAAAAAUGUUUAGGGGUACUCUCAUUUUCCUACUCAUAUUGAAAUACUGCCCCUCAAUGAGGCCAAACUUAGAUUCACAAAAUGUUUAGGGGUAUGCAUACACCUGCGUUCCCCCCCCCUGAAAAAAGCACUGGAUGCAGUUAUUAGGACAAACAAAAUACAAUAUCUGAUCCAAUGUUUAAGGCGGCUACUGGGUUUUCUCUGAUUUUAAUUCCUUAACUAAAGCAAAUUCUUUUUAGUUCCUUAGAUUUUUUUUCGAUGUUGUAAAUUUGCACACAUGGAUAAAAGAUGAAUGGAACCAGAUAUAUGAUUCUGCCUAUGUAAAAGAAAACUGGAUCGAACCAUUGCUAAGGUAAGCAAUAAUCAGUACAAUCCCAUUCGUGUUAAAACAGAAGUGAGUCUCAUUAUGUCUGAUGGUGAUUACUCCCAGAAAGCGGCAUAGGAUUGCAGUUUGUGUCUGUUAAUAAAUUAAUGAUAAUUAGAUUAUCUUUAGCAUCACUUACAUCCCAAAAAAUCCAGUUCACCGGGAUUAGUUUAUAAUUUAUAUAUUUAUUUGUGAGGAGGCUGAACUGUUUGUAUUACCAAGACUUGGGUAAGCAAACAGGGUGGAAUUGGUCUUACCUGGGUACUUGAUGCAUCAUCAGGGCAGAUUUGAGGAGUAGGGUGGGGCUGUAGUCUGUAGGAAUUCCAUCUCUCUUCCCGUCUGCUUAAGUUGAGAUCUAGUGUGUCUGUACUGGGAAGUCAGGACAGAUUAGGGAUUCUGUCGGUUUACCACCUGCCCUGAUGCCCAGUUGUCUUCCUGCCUGAGCCGACAGAGGUGGUCUCAGAUGUGGUCUUGAGGACUCCCAGACUGUUGGUUCUGGAGAACUUCAACAUACAGUGGUGCCUCGCAAGACGAAAUUAAUCCGUUCCGCGAGUGUCUUCGUCUAGCGGUUUUUUCGUCUUGUGAAGCAACCCUAUUAGCGGAUUAGCGCUAUUAGCGGUUUAGCUGCUAUUAAAGGCUUAGCGGCUUAGCGGCUUAGCUGCUAAAAGGCUAUUAGCGGCUUAGCGGCUUAGAAAAAGGGGGGGGGGAAAGCGGAAAAAAAUCUCAAGACUCGCAAGACAUUUUCGUCUUGCGAAGCAAGCCCAUAGGGAAAUUCGUCCUGCGAAGCAACUCAAAAACGGAAAACCCUUUCGUCUAGCGAGUUUUCUGUCUUGCGAGGCAUUCGUCUUGCGGGGCACCACUGUACAUGUCUAGUCCACUAAAUCUGAGGUGUCUCAGAAUUUCAUGGCCACCAUAACAACCAUGGGUUUGCCCCAAUAUCACGUGGCAGUCCUCAGCAUAGUUGUCAACUGUCCCUUAUUUGGCGGGAAACUCCCUUAUCCCAGGGCCGUUUCCCGCUGCUGUCCCUUAUUGAUGAUAUCCCUUAAAUUUCCCGGGUUUCAAAGGAAGCAGCUCCUCUCCCUCCCUCCGUGCCGGCCAGGGAGGAGGGAGGCUCCAACUGUGUUGCUUGGCUGCGUUGCUCAUCCAAUAAGGAGUCUAAGAACAACUGGGGGAUGGAGCUUGCAUACCUUGUGCCGAUCAAAUCGGCCGCAUUGCCUGGGGACUCGCCUUUGCUCAGCUCUUCCCAGCAGAGAGGUGACAGUAGUUUUCCUUGCUACAUCCCCUUUGCUGGGUUGCUGCGCUGUGGGAACCACCGCUUGAGGCUUCGUUUGGCUGCUGGCUGGGCUUUCUGCCUUUGGCUCGGAGGGGCUCAGAAGCUGAACAUACCUGUGACCAGAAAAUCCCUUAUUUUGGCUGCUGAUCCCUUAUUUUCGAGGCUGCUGGUCCCUUAUUUUCAAAUCUGUAAGUUGACAGCUAUGGUCCUCAGCCCUGAUCUGAUUUUCUCAACCAGGUAGAAAGAGGAUGAUCUGAAAAUGCAACAGGUGAGAUCACAUCCUGCUGAGAUUUAGGGAAGUUUUUAAUGACUGAUGUUUUAAUCUGUUUUUAAUCUUUGUUGGAAGCUGCCCAGAGUGGCUGGGGAAACCCAGCCAGAUGGGCAGAGUAUAAAUAAUAAAUUAUUAUUAUUAUUAUUAUUAUUAUUAUGGCUUCAGCCAUUUCCCCCCUCCUCAGAAGUAGAGGCCCUGAUAGAAUUAUCUACCCUCGGAGGUUAAUGGAGGCAGUUGGUUUCCAGACAGAAACUUUGAACAUUGAAGUUGUGAACAGUGCAAACCUAUGCAUAUUUAUUUAUUUAGUAAGCUGUGUUCCAUAGAGCUUACUCCCAGGUAAGUGUGCAUAGGAAAGCAGCCUAAGUAGCUGUGGUGCAUUGGCCCUCCUGCUUUGCCAUACAGGAAGUGUCUGAGUCAGCUGUUGGGCACUGUGGUUUCCGCUUCAGUUCAGUGGUGCAUGACCUUUUCUCUGUAAACCUCUUGUUAUUAAGGUUCUUAGGAACAGGGGAAGCUGCCUUAUACCAAGUCAGACUAUCGGAUCCUCUAGCUAAGUGUUGUUUAGACUUACAGGCAGAUUUAUCUUGUAUCUGUGUUUUAAACAAUAAUAACAAUCCAAUAUGUUUUUGACUUGCUCUGUCCACUUUGAUUUGUAAUUUAGAUUCCAAGCUACUCUGCAUAAAAUAAAGCUCUGUGCCUCUGGGUUCACUCUUCUAGGGAAUUUAGUUAUAAUUUGCCCCCCUUUGGGCAGAAUUAGAUUAUUUUUUUUAAGGCACAGGAGCCCCCAGCCCCCCCCCCCCCGAGUGGAUUAAACCUCCCAAAUGGCAGACAUAGGUCCAGGGGUGGUUAUGGGGAAAAUAAAAGGGAUUCACUUUUCUCUGUAAUCCAUAUUAUGGAGGGCAACCCCUUCCUUCUUUAGGCCAACUAAAACUCCUAAAUUCAUAUUCGUUUUAUGUAUUUGAGGGUAGGGGAGCGGUGGGUUGUCUCUUGUACUUUCCUGCCUUAAAAUAAUUAAGAGGUGACUGAGUGGUGUGUAUUCUUGAUUGUACAUUUUUAAAAAGAUUAGCAGCUUCAGAUUGGUGUUUUUUGGUGUUGGGAGAAGACAUCCUACAAUAAACGUUACAAGAUGAGGCUGCCCUUUAUACGGCCUGCUGGAUUCUCUGAUGGGUAGCAGGGAGACCUCAUUAUCUUGCUGUUGGGUAGUAUAGCAUCACAGGUACUUCCCAGAGUCCGAUUGGUGCAUUCCAUUGGAAAUGGUAUGUUGAGGAAAUGUGGAUCUCAACAUCAAAUAUUUGAAACUGUACUUCCCAAAAAUUUAUUACAAAUUGGGUCAUUCAGGCCACAUAUGAUAUGGUCAUGGAUUUCAUGAAAUUGGAAGACAUUCUAUAUUAAUGUUUAUAUUAUCCUCAACCUAAAAGACAGGGUAAAUAACAUUUUAAAAGGCAUUGGGGAAAACUGUAUAUAGUUUAUAUUUACCAAAGUUAACAGGCAUAAAUGGACUUGAUUUUAACCAUGUCAGACUGUUUCUCCACCUAACUCAGUUAGAUGGCUUCAACUCUCAAGGCAGAAGUGUUUCACAUGACCUGAUUCUUUUAACUGGAGGUUCCAGGAAUUUAACCUGGAAACUUAUACAUACAAAAAAUGUACUUCCCACUGAACUGUGAUUCCUCCCUUCCAUAGUCUGUUAGAAAAGAAUAUAAGAUAAAAAAUGAAAAUAAGGUUAUAUAUUUUUUUUGUUUGAAGAUGGCAGCCCAAAGUGAAACAACUGAUCGAUCAGCUUGAUGACAAAUCAAUUAAAUGCACUGCUACAGUGUCAAAGACAACUGAACCAAAGGCAUUUAACUUGACAGUCCCUAAUCCACGAGCUAUUAUGGUUCCUGAGCUAAUUCCACAAGUAGAAAAAACGAAGCCUGUGAGUGUUGCUUUUUUACCAAAGAAAGUUUGUCUGAUUUCUGAUAAUAUCUGAACCCUAAAUAAAUUAACAGACUCUAAAAGGCAAGCCUCAGUUGAAGAAAGCGCUACGUAUUAAUUAUUGAAGAUGAAUCCUAUAAAAAUCUUGUUUUUCUGUAGGGCAGUAUCAUUGGGCCAUUGGGCCUUGCCAGAGCUACCUGCAGCUGUGGUGGACCCCAGUGGGUCUCCCUGUGGCAGACCCUAUUGGGCCUCCCUGGGCCAUAUGUGUACACGCCAGGUGCCCCCAAAGUUGGGCGAUACCCAGCACCUAUACUUUCUCAUAAUACUAUAAUUGGGCCUGGAAGUAGAUCCAGAAAAGAAAGUACACCAGAUGUGCUGGUGGCCACAGCUUUAAAAGAAGAUUAAACAAAUCCAUGAAUGAUCAUGGAGCUCUCAAUGUCUACUUGUCACAAUGACUAUAUGGAAACUGUAGAUUCGAAGACAAUAUGCCACUGAACAGGGUGGAUAAAAAUCAAUGAUUAUAUAUAUAUAUAUAUAUAUAUAUAUAUAUAUAUAUAAUUUAAAUCGGAUUUUUUAAAAUUUAAAUUGGAUUUUUAAAAUAAAAUGCUUUUGAGGGAAAAAUCUUUCUAAAGAUAGUUAUCCAUUUAAGUUACAUUACAGUCCAAAGGCUAUUCAUCAGGAAAUAUGGAUUCAUUUUAAGUUUUUCAUGUGUGCUAAAACUCAGUCUAAGUUUUUAAAAAAAUUGUUUAACCACAUCAGUUAACAAAUAUGGAUACAUAUGCUAUAAUGUUAUUGUUUUAGUUCAAUAAAUUGUUAUUAAGGAAAUUAUUUUUUUUUUCCUUCCAAUAAAGCACAGCAGAAAAGUUGUCCAGAUAUAAACAGUUAACUUAUGAAACCUCACAAUAAUUUCCUAAUUAUAUGUCUAUGUAUUUCUCAUAGUAUAACCAAAUCAGUAAUUUUUGAUAUAACUGUAAAAACUACUCUGAAAAAUUAUUAUUCCAAAAAUGAAACCUUCAUCUGGUUGUAAGUAUUAAGAUGAUACCAGCAAGAAUGAGUCUUUCUGUAAAAAAAUGAUUUAAAUCAAGUCUUGGUGACUAGUGAUUUAAACUGUGAUUUAAAUAAAUUUGAUUUAAAUCAAAUCCACCCUGCCACUGAAUACUAGUUGCUGGCAAGCAAUGGGAAAGUGGUGCUUACUGUGCUCACGCUUUGCUUGUGGGCUUCCCAGAAGAAAUUGGUUAGGCAUUGUCAAAAACAGGAUGCUGGACUAGAUAUGCCUUUGGUCUAAAUUAGCAGGGGUUUUCUUUAGUUCUAAAGCAAACUGUUGAAAUAUAUGUUAUUCAAAUCCUUUCAUACCUCUUUGUUACCUAGUACUUUCUAAUUCUAAAUUCUAAAUUAUUGUUUCUGUGUGCUUAGGUUCCUAAAAGCACUUAUAAACCCCAAAAACUGAAGCAGCAGCUAGAAGGAAUUAAACUGAAGAAUCGUCGCAAAGCAGAGGCAAGUUCAGUAUUAUCUCUUUAUAAUCUAUUUAGGGCUUGUCCGCACUGCUGCUUGCCCCACCACUUUCCUUCAGGGGAAACUGAACGUCAAGCAGGUUUUCUGUGGAUUGACAUUUUCUGCAAUUCAGCGGUGAAGAGCAGAAAAGAGUGGGGCAGUUGGAAAACCACUUGUGAUUCGAGGACCCGACCCCGGCUUGGGAAUAAUAAAGACACGUGGACACAGUAUAUAAGGUUAAUGGGCUAGAAAAGGACCCAACUUUUUUGAUUACAGCAUGUGAGAGGUAUUGGCUUAGGCAUUGGACCAACACUAAAUUUUGACUCCACCCACUCGGAGAGGGGUGAGUCUGUCUAGGGUUAACCACCAGUAGGGGGAGCCUGUUGAUGCAAACACAACUAUAAGCUCUUCCCUGAUGUCACCGGGGGUCGUGCCAUGGCAUCGGACAGGAUCCACGACCGCCUGAUUCCUUUAAUGGAAUACCCAUAAGUGAAGGGGUAGGCGAUGGCCACACCUUGCCCUUCCAUACACCAUCAACACAUUCUAUUGCCUAACCGCCAAAUACCAAGAAAGUUGUGGCAAUUGCUACGAGGUAGGCGAAGAAAACCAAGAGGCCGGUGCCAAUUGCCAAUUGGAAAAAACUCCUACCAAGCCCCCCAGGCAACCAGGGCGACCAACCAUAGGUCCAUAGCAAGGUCAAGCGAGAAGCUACGCCCUAAAGGGAGUGGUGGGUGGGUGACUCGAGGAAAAUCGGAGCGCAAUGGUGGCAACUGGCGCGGCCGCAUUUGAGCGGCUAAACCACGCCCCCGCACUGUCACCCUACUGGGUGCCCAUCUGGGGGCACGCCGCGCCAGCGACGAUGGCAGGGCAAGGGGCAGAACGCCCCCUGCGUAACGCGGGAAUCGGCUCCCCGUCACAACCCCUCCCCUCCGGAAGGAGGAGAGGCUUUCCAAAAGUUGCUUGCACGCACAAAUAACCAUGGAUUUGCAAUAAAAUGAUGUCUCAGGGGACCUUUAGACACUCUACUUUGCAUCUUCAAUGCAUCCCAGUCCUCUACCCUGGAUGCAUUUGAUCUACUCUCCCCACAAACUGUUAAACCUUUUCACCCCUAGCUUACCAUUAAUAUCUUCAUUGAUGUUUUCACACAGCCGAACAUCCCUGGAGGAGAACUAAAGUGUUAGCCAACUUCAUCCACUUUAACUUCAUCUUCUCUUUCUACACCCGCUGCGCCCCCACUGCACAAAAUGGGAAAGGGUAUCAUGUUACUGGAAUUAUUGUGUCCCCUUUAGGAACUGCUUCUGGAAGCAAAUGUUAACCAGUUCUCCUGUGCUGCCCCCAAACCUGGAUGUCACUGUGGCGCUGUAAGUAAAAUCAGCGUGAAUAUACAUAUUCAGUAGUGUGGGAAUGAAUAAUAAGUCUGCCUCCACUAUUGGGGUCUUAGGAUCAAUCAUUUUAUUGAGAUUUCCUUGUUGAGAUCAUAAUAUUGAACUGCAGUUUUUGUAUUGACUAUUAAAACAACACAACUAGUAUAGAAGAAUGACAUACAGUGUAAUCCUUACUUGGAUUGCAGCUAUGAGCCAGGUAGUUCCUACUACACAUCUCAUUGGGGCCACAAGCUCACUAAGUGGCCUAGGCAAGACAUUUCUGCCCCAGCCUCAAUCCCACCUCCUUGGCCUGUAAAAGUGGGGGGGAAGGAUAUAACUCUGGACCACCUUAUUGGGUUGUUGCAAACAUUGCAUAAAUAAGGUAACCUAUCACACAUUCCCCAUCCUGUCAAAACCCUAAGUAAGCAAAUUGAAGGCUUUCUGGGGGGAGGAAGAUGGGGCACUUUGCUUCUCUAGCUACGGUUUCUUUCUUGCCCUUCCUGAUCUAUCUGCUGCCACAUUUUCAAGCUAUCAUUUAGGCACCAGGCAAAAGCAUUUGUUUCCUCCAGGCUUUCAAGAACUGCUGUUGUUACCAUUUUAAACUUACCACAGUAUGAUUUUGCUGUCUGUUAAACAUUUGAGUGGGCUUCCAGUGCUUUAGUUCUUUUGAACUUGCUAUAUUAGUAUAGUAUAGUAUAGUAUAGUAUAGUAUAGUAUAGUAUAGUAUAGUAUAUUAGUAGCAUCAGUGUUAUUUUUCUUACUACUCUGUUAGUUACCAUAGGGACAUAAAUUUGUGGAGAAUGUGUGCGAUAGAACUUACGUAAAAUAAAUAAAUACUGACUUUUCGUGUUCAGAGGCAAUAUACCACUAAAUGAAAUAAUUAUUAUAUUUAUAUUAUAUUAUAUUUUUAGGGUAUAAUUCAGACUGUUGCGGAGACCUUUCAAGCUCAGAAGAUCCAAGGGGAGGUGAGCAACUUGUUUGAUUAUGUUAUCCUGAUGUUCCAACCAGCAGGAAGUAAGAGGUAAAAUUUCAGAUUUGGUAUAAAAGUUAGUAGUUCUGCAAUUGAGGGCACACCUCUCUUUAAUAAUUAAAUAUCUUAGGUAAGAAUCCUGGUUUUAAUGAUGUUUUCCUUGUCCAUCAUACCCUUAGCUCAAUGUAAUACACGGGGGAUGCUGAAGUGUUCAGAAUACAAAUUAAGGUAUUACAUUAACCAUUUGAAGUCCUUAAAAAGUUCUUUAGAAUUUUAUUGGCUGGUAAGCAGUAUAAAUAUCAGCUGUGGAUUCAAACUUUCAGCACCAUUUAUUAAAGCUUUUCUAAACUGCCUUUAUUAUGUUUAAAUCAUUCCAAGAUUCGUUAUUGCUUUUGUAAUUCUUUUUGUAUUGCUUUUUGUAAUUCUCUAUUUAUGUGCUAAAUUUCCUGGCAGAUUGACAACGUACCUGUGAAACUAAACACAACAGCGAUCUUAAGAGAAGGUGUCCUUUACCAACGAAAAGUGGAGCAGGAGCUUAAUAGGUACUUUUUACUCUCCGUCUGCUUCUGUUUGUGCAUAUGCAUUAACUGAAAGAUGUCACAGAAUCAUAGAAUUGUAGAGUUGGAUGGUACCUCAAGGGUCAUGUAGUCCACACCCCUGUAAUUCUGGAAUCUCAGCAUUGCAUUAAAGUGAAUUAAUCAGUUGUUCGUAAUAUAAUUAUUCGCUUCUUUUCCAAACCUUCAUGAAAGAUUCCAGAAGCCAGCUCAUCAGAAGCUUGUUACUUCUUCAGAUGAUGACAAGGCCAGAGCUCUGCCUGAGCAGAAGGCAUACUAAGAAUAUGCCAUACAGUCCUCUACAGUCCAGCCCAAAUUUGGGGUGGUGAAGGACUGCAAUGCAGGCCUCUUAAAUAGUGCUUAACUGGUAAUACAUUACAAAACAAAUCAAUAUUUCAAAUCACUGUACCCCAAGAUCACACUGCUGAAAUACAAUCAUUUAUUUUCCAAAACAAAAUUAAAUAGGUAUACGCAGCCAUGACUUGAUAGAAGUUUAUAUAAUUAUCUGUAUAAAAUUAUAGAGAUAAUAGAAAGUUCUCUCUUUCAUAGUACAGUAUUACGAGUUCCAGACAAAUGACAUUGACUGACAGUAUGUUUAUUAUUUUUUAAUUUCUAACGCUGUAUUGUUUUUAAUACUUGAUUGGGAGCCGCCCAGAGUGGCUGGGGAAACUCAGCCAGAUGGGCGGGGUAUAAAUAAUAUAUUAUUAUUAUUAUUAUUAUUAUUAUUAUUAUUAUUAUUAUUAACCGCUUUAUAUUUUUAAUAAAAAUCUCAAAGCUUUUUACAGCAUAUUAAAUCAAUAAAUCAAUAAAACAUUAGGAACAAUAAAACAUGAGGCCGGGCCUCAUGAGGAGCCUCUUCAGUAGGGCUGGUGAGUGUAGGUUGAGGACAGGCAAAAGGAAUGAUUUCAAACAAUACAUGGAAUUCACUAGCACAAGAUUGGUGAUGACCAGGAACCUAGACAGCUUUAAAAAAAGGGAUUAGUUAGGGACAUUUAUGGAGGAAAGCUCUAUCAAAUAUUUGUAGAAUAGAUACACGUACAGAAGUGGGAUACCUGUGGACUAGCUACUGCAGGCAAAGAACAUGUGAAGGCAAUUGUUCCUGCCCUAGGUAGGAGCCGACCACUGCUGAAAACUGAAUGCUUCAUUAGAUGAAUGAAACAAAAACUAACUGAAGCAAAGACUUCAUUAUUGGACAACAGAGACCUUGUAGCAAUUACUGUAUUUUUCGCUCCAUAACACACACUUUUUUCUUCCUAAAAAGUGAGGGGAAAUGUCUGUGCGGCUUACGGAGCAAAUGCGUGGUCUGUGGAGCCGAAUUGCCCAGGGUCAAAAAACAGAUCAUGCUUUUUUUUUUUUUUAAAAAAAAGAGGGAAGUGGGUGUGGAAACAAAGCCACUAAUCAGCAAGCGAUUGGGGAGGGAGAUAAGGGAUGCUAGCAAUAAAGGAGGCUGCCUGGGAGGGGUGAGGUAAAGACAGCAACCUUGCAAAGGGCGGAAACAGGAAGACUAAAUCAAUGAGGAGAGAAAUUAGAAGAAAAGGAGGAGCAAAAAACUGCUCCAGCUAAGGAAAAGACACUAAGGCAAACAAGAGGGAAGGGAGUGUUGAAAGGAAGUAGCUGAUUGGUGGGAUUGGGAGAGAGAUAAGGGACACUAGCGGAGGCUGCCUGGGAGAGGGGCGGUAAAAGCCCAUGGAUCCUCAGGAUUUUUUCAUUGGGUCACCCAAAUUCUCCAUCAGAUCACAUAGCAUGUCCAUGGCUAUAGCCUGCACCAAAAAAAUCAAGCAUCCACUGUUUCCUGGGGCUGCAAUGGUGCAAAAAUGUGGUUACAAAGCAGAGAUCCACAUGGAUCCUCAGGAUUUUUCCAUUGGGUCACCCCAAAUUCACCAUCAGAUCACAUAGCAUGUCCAUGGCUACUGCCUGCACCCAAAAAUAUCAUACAUCUACUGUUUCAUUCAGAAUAUUUUUUCUUCUAAAACUAUGUGCGUCUUAUGGUCAGGUGCAUCUUAUGGAGCGAAAAAUACGGUACUAUACAUUUAUGAAUGGGAUUUUUAUUUUCACUACUCGUGAACUCUGAGGUAAUGUUUUCAGUGAGUUCUUUACCAUAGUCCCAAAAUCUUCCCAAGGUAGCCACAGACCAGUUCAGGCACCUUGAUUUUAAAAAUAAUUUUUUUGCCUCAUUUAAACUCACUUAUUAUGUUGCUAUGUAAUGCCACGUUCACCUUGACAGCUCUACUCUGUUCAGUUCCUCAGAGUAGCCUGUUUUCUUUUCCUUACAGGAUUGAACAGCUUUUACGAGGGGCUCGGGAUCCUUCUGAGUUUCUGGACUGGCAAAAAGAAAUGUAUGAGAGAGAUUUGAACCAAAAGCUGGCAGAAGCAGAAUGUAAGAGGCUGCAAGGACAGCUAAGCCACGAGGAGGCCAUUCUUGCACGUCAGAAUCGCAUUCUGGAAAACCAUAGAAAAGCUGAGCAGAAGAGGGAAGAGGUACUCUAUUACUAUACUGUUCAUAUUUUAUCUCGCCACGACUCCUGUGUAUGGGUAUGUUCAGUGGCAAAAUGAGGAAGAGGGUGUGCAGAAGAGGCAAAGUCCACAUCGAGAGACAACAUCGAUUUCAAAAAGGAGUGGGAUCCAUCUAUAAACUACCGUGUUUUUUGCUCUAUAAGACUCACCUUUUCCCUCCUAAAAAGUAAAGGGAAAUGUGUGUGCGUCUUAUGGAGCGAAUGCAGGCUGUGCAGCUAUACCAGAAGCCAGAACAGCAAGAGGGAUGCUGCUUUCACUGCAAUUUUUCUUCUUGUUUUCCUCUUCCAAAAACUAGGUGCGUCUGGUGGCCUGGUGUGUCUUAUAGAGCGAAAAAUAUGGUAUAUAAAAAGACAGUAUAAAAAUUUGGACCCAUUGGCAGGUUUUGACUAAACUUUCACAACUAUAUAAGAGGUAAAACCAGCAGGUUACAGAAUUUGUUUAAUAAAUCAAUAUGGAAAUACGGGAUAAGCCAAAUAGGGGGAGGGGAGAAAUAUGGAUAUAUAAAUUGUUCAAUUAAGAUUUGUAGAAAAUUUCUACACCAUGUUGGACCAACUUCCUUUAUCUGCCGUUUUAAUGCUGGUGUCAGUACUGUUUGUGAGGCAGUGGGUGGCACCACACAAGAUUAGUUUUACAAGGAGUGCAUCUGCCACCAUGCCCAAUCAAUAAAGAGCAUAUCAAUAAUCAAUAUCAAUAAAGAGCAUCAUUUGCCACUCAGCGGCUGCCUUGUAAAACAUGAUGCAGUCUACAGCCUCAGAAACAAUACCGGUAUCAGAAUUAAAGAAAUGGACAAAGGAGAUCCAAGAAUGUCAUCAUAAAGUUGUUAGCCUUUAAGGUACAACAGUAAUCUUUGCCGAUUUUGCUGCAACAGACUAACCCAGGUAAUCUUCAGCUAGGUGUAGGAAAAUGAUUAAAAUCAGGUUUGUUUCUUUAGCUGUAGCUCUAGCAAUCUCAGGUUUAGGGCUUUCGUUCAGAUUUGAAAGAGUAAAGAAUGCUUAGCAUUUUAAGGUCAAGGAAGCUUGCUUAUUUAUUUAUUUAAGAAAUGCAUGCUUAAGAUUUUUUAAAAAACAAAGCAAGAAGCUUGCAUUGUAAUUAAUUUAUCUGGCUUCAAUUUUGCUUGGAGUUUAGGAAGCGGAAAUGAGCCAACAGAUUGCAGAAAGGCGCAUUCAGGAAAGGAAGGAAAGGGAAAAAAUGGUGCAGCAAGUGGUGGAAGGACGCAAAAAUGUGAAGCAAGCCCGAAUGAAGCUCCAAAAACAGAAGCACCAAAUAGGUACGAGUAGUGCCAAAUCCGUAUGUCUUUUUAAAAGGUACAUUUUCUUCUGAUUUGCUCAGCAAAGCAUUGCUAUAGAGAGAGAGAGAUUCAAGUGCUGUGUUAUAAAUAGCUAUUGAAAAGCUCCUGUUGAGAGAUAUACGAAAUCCUGAGAAAUUCCACCGAUAAAUAUGUCUGCACAGAAUUUGAGAGCCAAGUGACAAAUUUGCUUUUGUUGAAGGAUUAACCUAAAAUAUGCUUACUGUGUGUAGGCUGGCAUGGGAAACAUGAUGGCUUGCUUGUCCUGAUUUGCCAAGACCUUGUGACUUUGCAGAUUAGUAUAGCAUCCUUUCUAUAGUUUCCUUCCAGUGCUUUGUCCUUGCCCCCUGUGAGGCAGCCAUGUGCCUCCACCUUCCCUCAUACUUCUAAUAUUGAUUGAUUGAAUUUAUAUACCACCCUAUACCUGGAGAUCUCAGGGCAAUUCACAAAAAAGGUCACAAUAUAUAAAACCAGAAUAAUAACAGUCCUAUAACACCCCCCCCAAAAAAAACCAGUCACAUUUUAAAGGGUAUAGGAUGUUGAUUAGGUCAGCCAAAUGCCUGGUUAAAAAGGAACGUUUUUGCCUGGUGCCUAAAGGUGUAUAAUGAAGGUGCCAGGCGAACUUCCCUGGGGAGAGCAUGCCACAGGCGGGGAGCCACUGCAGAGAAGGCCCUGUUCUCGUGUUGCCACCCUCCAGACCUCUCAAGGAGGAGGCACACAAAAAAGGGCCUCAGAAGAUGAUCUCAGGGUCCAGGCAGGUUCAUAUGGAAAGAGGUGUUCUGUUUGUUUCGCCUCCAUUUUCUUGGAUCCCUUGCUUCCCACAGCUAUUUCUGACUCUUUCCCCCUUGAUGCGUGUGUCUCACACACAUACAAAGUCUUUACCUUUCUUUCCACUCCUCCUCUUCUCUGUCUUUUCCAUGGCGCCUGCAAGCAAGGACGAGCUAAAUGGGUGGGUGCCAACCAAGGCACUACAAUAUCUGCUUCUAGUGAAGCCAUGCCUAAAACCAUCUUCAGCAAGGCCACUGCUCCUCAGCUGCCCACUCUGAAUACCCCCAGGGGCUUCUCUUGGAUCUUAGCAUGUAUUGCCCAGCAUUGGAAGAGUAAGUCCAUCCUGCCAUGGACGUUCCCAAAUGAUUCAUCUCUUGGCUGCAAGAUGCAGUUAUGGGGAGAGCAGGAGAGCAAAGGAGACAUCCUCAUCCGCUCCCAGCCACAGCUUGGACCAGAUUCCAUGUAUCUGAAAGCAGAAGACAUCAGGGUUUUGAGCCGCCGAGACGACGUAACACCGGUCUUGAAAGACCUACAUUGGCUCCCAGUACGUUUCCGAGCGCAAUUCAAAGUGUUGGUGUUGACCUUUAAAGCCCUAAACGGCCUCGGCCCAGUAUACCUGAAGGAGCGUCUCCACCCCCAUUGUUCUGUCCGGACGCUGAGGUCCAGCGCCGAGGGCCUUCUGGCGGUUCCCUCAUUGCGAGAAGCAAAGCUACAGGGAACCAGGCAGAGGGCCUUCUCGGUGGUGGCGCCCGCCCUGUGGAACGCCCUCCCACCAGAUGUCAAAGCGAUAAACAACUACCUGACAUUCAGAAGACAUCUUAAGGCAGAAGACAUCUUAAGUUUUUAAUGAGUGACAUUUUAGUGUAUUUUUGGUCUCUGUGGAAGCUGCCCAGAGUGGCUGGGGAAACCUAGCCAGAUGGGCGGGGUACAAAUAAUAAAUUAUUAUUAUUAUUAUUAUUAUUAUUAUUAUUAUUAUUUGAGCCCACUACUCACGUUGUUCUGCGUUUACCCCUGCCUCCACAUUUGGUGCAGCGUUCAUUUUCUCUAGAGAAUAGCUCUUCAACCACAGGGCCAGGCAGCUGUUGCUGCCAUGCUGGACUCCAGUCAAGGCUGACCAGACCAAAGGGACGCUAUUUGAAGUGUUUGGGCAAGGAUGUGUUCUUCUGAUGAGACACACAUUUGAUGAAUUUCUCUGCUGUCGUAGAGCCUCUUUCAAUUAGAUGCCUGCUUCUUGCCUUUAGUGAGAGAGCUCUCUUUUGAGCAGGGGCAGUCUUUUUCUCCCUUCUUUUUUUGCUUUCUAUGCUCCUUCUGUAGCUUUCUAGAUUUCUCCUGGAAUGGAAGUAUGCUGGAGACUAAAAUGCAGACGUUGUUGACAUUUCCAUUCCACCUUAAGGAACAGGCAUGCUUGCAACUCUCUGAAGCUAACAAAGCCAAACAGGAUCUGUUGUCUUGAUACACCUGUAUAGGACAUUGCACAGUAACCCUGACGUCCUUAAACAGUUGCAUCAACCAUUCACAAUCCAUUAGUGAAUAUGACAGUGCAUUGAGUUCAGCUUCACAAGAACUUAGGUUAACUGUGGUUUGCCUCUUGCACAACCAGUCAAACAGACACUGGUUGUACAUGCAGCUCUCCCCGGAUGUGCUUGUGCCAUCUUUGGUGUCACUGCCAAAACUUGCAUCUGCAAAGAUUUCAAGACCUCCAGACUCCUGACCAGUGAAUCUGAGUCUGUAUGUAGUGCAUAGUACCUUUGAGAUAACGUGCUCGAGAGCUUUCCAAUCUUUAACAGUAGGAUUGUUAGCACAGCUGCAGUGUGUAGUCUGUUUGCCAUCAUGGCAGCAGCUGGGGACCCAGGAAGAAAUGGUAGGAGUCUGGCGGCUGCAGGAGCCAGGAGGUGGGAGUUGGAGGGAGCAGGGAUGCCAUAUCACCCUCACGCUGCUCCCUGCAAUCUGAAACAGGGCUGGGGUAGGGGGAAAGGUUCUUGGUGGCCAGAGAGGGGGAUCCAUUCACAGGUCUCUGUACAGUUGCCAAGUUCCUAAGGCCUCAGGUGCCUCUGCUACCAUUUCCCUAUUCUCUGCUUCACAUAUUCCCUCCUCAGUUUCAGGGUCUUUGCUCAGUCCAUUUGCACAAUAGCAUGCUGCUCCUUAGCUCCUGUUCUGCUGAGCUGCAAAGGAAGAAUGUUGUGCAGAGCUCUCUCUCUCUCUCUCUCUCUCUCUCUUUCUUUCUCUCUGCUGGGGUAAAAAUGCAGCAUCUGCAACUAACAUUACCAAAGUUUGGGAUUUUGAUCAGUAAAAAGAUUACCUGGAAUGGCAAGCGAAGCUGUCACCUGUCUGCUGCCAUUUGAAACCACCUGUCUUUGUGAGCAAGGCGUCUCAGCAAUGGUGACCUUCCAAACCAAACAGCUUAGCGCUAGGAAAUGAGUCGCGAGUUAGCCUUUCUGUAAUAUCACUCCUCACUGGAAUGAAAUCUGGAAGAGCAAACAUGCCCAGGUGUCCCAUGGAAAUUGUGAGUGAGACUUCUUUUUUUUAUAUAUAAAAAAAGCUUUUGUUUUGCAGUAAUGCUAAGGUAACAGCCAUGUAUAUUGCUCCGUGAAUUGUCAUUUUAGGAUUAAUAACGUGCAUUAUAAAUCAAACAUGGAAGUGGUUCCCAUGUUGCAGGUGGAGAGUCAGAGGGAGUCUGUUCUGUGCCACUUGCAGAUCGCUUCUCUAGGGCUUAAAGUACAGUAUCAUCUCUGACCACCAGAGGCCCACACGGGAAGUUAGUGGUUUUCCUUCUGCUAAUCACGAAACCUCCUUCAGUACAGUACAUUACAUCACAGUAGGCUUUCCUUCCCUUCUCUAAAAAGUCGAUUUCUAACUUCAAAGAGGCUUUGCUGACUGACAUUCCCAGGAAGCUGCAGCGUAAAAUGGAUAUAAGCACAGAAAGAGAUCUAGUCUACCUUCUUCCUCCUUCCCAAAGACGCCCCUCUCCAUAUCACUGUAGCAAAGGGAAUGGGAAGAAAAAGUUAAAACAUCAACAACAACCCUGUGCAAUGCGCCUUUGGGCUGAACUCCCAGUUGUUCACUCUUCUGAGGCAUCUGGAUAUGAUUUUCCCAAUACAUUUUCCUUUUUUUUUUUUUUAUAAAAUAUUUAUUGGUUUUACAAGAAAAAUUUCCAAAAAAGGAAUACAAAAUACAAAAUUACAAAGAUUCAACAAACAAAAAACAACAAUAACCAUGACAAAAAACAAACAGAAAUAACCGUAUCCAUAACAAAAAAGAAUAAGGAAAAAAAGAAAAAGAGACAAAAAAAAUUCAAAGAAUAUUAUAUUUUCAUUUAUCCUUCUUAUCUUUACCUGGUUCUUUGACUUCCCCGCACCUCCCCGCUUGUAUUUCCAUUUAAGAACUCCUUUCAGCAAAUCCUUACCCUCCUUUCAUUAUCUUAACUCAGAAAACUUAAUCUAUUUAUAUAUAAAUAUUUUUACAACCUUAUCAGUCAAAUAUUCCAUACUCUUAAUCCCAAGGCUUUUGCCAAUACCAGUUAUUUUCAAUCAAACUUCAAUUUAACAUUCAUUAAUUUUAUAGUAUUUCUGUAGAUAGACUUUAAAUUUCUUCCAAUCUUCUUCCACCGACUCUUCUCCCUGGUCACGGAUUCUGCCAGUCAUCUCCGCCAGUUCCAUAUAUUCGAUUACCUUCAUCUGCCAUUCUUCCAGAGUGGGUAAGUCCUGUGUCUUCCAAUACUUUGCGAUGAGUAUUCUUGCUGCUGCUGUUGCAUACAUAAAGAAAAUUCUAUCUUUCUUUGGCACCAAUUGGCCAACAAUGCCCAAGAGGAAGGCCUCUGGUUUCUUUAAGAAGGUAUACUUAAAUACCUUUUUCAACUCAUUAUAUAUCAUUUCCCAGAAGGCCUUAAUCUUUGGGCACGUCCACCAAAGGUGAAAGAAUGUACCUUCAGUUUCCUUACAUUUCCAACAUUUAUUAUCGGGCAAAUGGUAGAUUUUUGCAAGCUUAACUGGGGUCAUGUACCACCUGUACACCAUUUUCAUAAUAUUCUCUUUUAAAGCAUUACAUGCUGUGAACUUCGUACCUGUGGUCCAUAACCAUUCCCAGUCAGCAAACAUAAUGUUAUGUCCAAUAUCCUGUGCCCAUUUAAUCAUAGCAGAUUUUACCGUUUCAUCCUGAGUAUUCCAUUUUAGCAGCAAGUUAUACAUUCUUGAAAGUGUUUUAGUUUUGGGAUCUAGCAAUUCUGUUUCCAACUUUGAUUUUUCCACCUGGAAGCCAAUUUUUCUAUCCAAAUUAUAGACCUCUCUUAUUUGGUAAUAAUGCAACCAGUCUCGCACUCUAUCUUUUAAUUUUUCAAAACUCUGCAGUUUGAAUUUGUCUCCUUCUUGUUCCAAGAUCUCCCAAUAUUUUGGCCAUUUGGCCUCCAUAUUGGACUUUUUUAGGGCCUUUGCCUCCAUUGGUGAUAACCACCUUGGGGUUUUAUUCUCCAAUAAGUCUUUGUAUCUUAUCCAGACAUUGAACAAUGCUUUCCUGACAAUAUGGUUUUUAAACAUUUUGUGAGCUUUAACCUUGUCAUACCACAGAUAUGCAUGCCACCCAAACACAUUAUUGAAACCUUCUAAGUCCAAUACAUCAGUAUUUUCCAGAAGUAGCCAAUCCUUCAACCAGCAGAAAGCUGCUGAUUCAUAAUAGAGUUUAAAGUCUGGCAGGGCAAAUCCCCUCUUUCUUUAGCAUCAGUCAAUAUUUUAAAUUUUAUCCUAGGCCUCUUGCCCUGCCAGACAAACUUAGAAAUAUCUCUCUGCCACUUCUUAAAACAGUCCAUUUUGUCUAUUAUUUGUAUCGAUUGAAACAAAAACAACAUUCUUGGCAAUACAUUCAUCUUGAUGACAGCAAUUCGCCCUAACAAGGAAAGCUUCAAAUUUGUCCAUAUUUCUAAAUCCUUUUUAAUGUCCGACCAACAUUUUUCAUAAUUGUCUUUAAAUAAAUUCCCGUUUUUAGCUGUCAUGUGAAUCCCCAGAUAUUUCACUUUUUUUACCACUGUUAAACCUGUCUCAUUCUGAAACCUCUCUUUUUCAAUCGGUGUUAAAUUCUUCUCAAGUACUUUAGUUUUAAGCUUAUUCAACUUAAAACCUGCCACCUGACCAAAGUCUUGAAUCAGUUCUAAUGCUCUUUUCGUACUAGAUUCUGGCUCCUGUAAUGUCAAUACAAGGUCAUCUGCAAAUGCUUUCAAUUUAUAUUGUUUCGCUCCGACCGUUAUGCCCUUAAUCAGAUGGUCCCUUCUUAUCAUAUUUAACAAAACCUCCAGAACAGAAAUAAAAAGUAAUGGGGAAAUUGGGCAGCCUUGUCGUGUCCCUUUCUCUAUCUUAAUUUCCUCUGUUAUCACAUUAUUAACUAUUAAUUUAGCUUUUUGUUCUGAGUAAAUUGCAUUUAUACCAUUUUCAAACUCUUGGCCUACCCCCAUCCCCUGAAGAUUUUUUUCAUAAAGCUCCAAGAAAUAUUGUCAAAGGCUUUCUCUGCAUCCACAAAAAUCAAAACUGCUUUAGUAUUGAUCUCCUCUUGCAGCUUCUCCAGAAUAUCAAUUAUGUUCCUUGUGUUGUCCGAGAGAUGUCUAUCUGGAAGAAAGCCAGCUUGGUCCUUGUGAAUCACUUCUUUUAGCACUUUUUUAAGCCUUUUUGCUAAAAUGUCAGCAAAAAUUUUGUAAUCCACAUUUAACAGGGAUAUGGGCCGGUAGUUCUUAAGCUGUGUCUUUUCAGUCUCGGCCUUUGGUAUAAGUGUAAUAAAUGCAUCUUUCCACGACUCUGGCGCUCUUUUCCCCUCUAAGAUUUCAUUACAAACCUCAGUUAAAGGUCGAAUUAACCAGUCUUUCAAAGUUCUGUAAUAUUUUGAGGUUAAACCAUCCGGUCCUGGAGAUUUUCCCAACUGCAUAUUCUGAAUGGCACCUUCAACCUCCUGUUCUGUGAUUUUAUAGUUCAACAAUAUCUUAUUGUCCUGAGAAAUUUUUGUAAUCCAUUGGUUUUCAAAAAUUGCUCUAUCUCAAAUUCUUUCUGAGGCCCUUGUGUGUAUAGUCGUUUAAAAUAUCUCUGGAAGCAUUUCCUAAUUUCUUCUGGAUUCUGGAUAUUUUUCCCUUCCACUUCCAAAUUAGUAAUAGUAUUAAGUUUUUGUCGCUUCUUCAACUGCCAAGCCAGCAGUUUCCCACAUUUAUUUGCCGAUUCAAAAGUCUUUUGUCUCAUUUGCUUGAUUUUCCAUUCCACUUCUUGAUUUAUCAAUUUCAUAUAUUGCACUUGGUACAAUUUUAUUUCCCUCAGAAUCUCUUGUGAAUUGGGCUUCACUCUCAAUUUCUUCUCGCCCUCCUUUAUUUUUUCCAAAAUUUUCUCUUUCUUUGCGUUUUGGGCCUUCUUCUUAAUUGAAUUCUGUUGAAUCAGGAAGCCCCUCAUAACAGCUUUGCUUGCAUCCCAGAUUACUCUUUUUCUACAGUUGUAUUCAAGUUUAUCUCAAAAUAGUCCCUCAAUGUCUUUUGGGCCUUCUUAAUCACCUCUUGAUCUCUAAACAAGGUGUCAUUCAUCCUCCAUCGGAAGGAACCGAUAGAUGUUAACUUCAUCUCCAUUCUCACGGCGUUAUGGUCGGAGCAUGUUUUUGGGCAGAUCUCUACCUUCUUAACCUUGGGUGCCAGUCCUCUAGUAGUCCAGAUUUGGUCAAUUCUUGUCCAUGUCUUCUGGGCUUCAGAAAAAAAGGUUCCUUCUCUAUCAAGGGGGUUCUUAGUUCUCCAAAUGUCAAUCAAAUCCAUAUUGUCAGUUAGUUCAAAAAUGUUUUCGGUAGUCUACCAUCUUUAGUAACUACCUCUCUUUGUGACUUGUCCAUAUUUGUAGAAACCACCCCAUUCAUAUCUCCCAUGAAAACAGUAUUAUAGUCCAUAUAGUCCAUCAAGGUCUCAUGCAACUUUUUGUAGAAUAUAGAUUUCCCCUCAUUUGGUGCAUAUACACCUACUAUCAAAAAUUUUUCUCCUUGUACUUGAAUUUCAAUUGCUAUAAAUCUUCCUUGUUCAUCCUUAAAGACAAAUUUUGGUGAGAGGCUCUCCUUUGCGUAAAUUACCACUCCUCGUUUUUUAACUUUGUCUGAUGAGAUAAAUUCUUGGCCCAGUCUCUUAUUAAUCAAUAUUUUCCUAUGGAGCCUCGUCACAUGGGUUUCCUGUAAGCAAAUUAAGUCCAAUUGUUCUUUUAAGUAUAUGAAAUACUUUCCUUCUUUUUCCGGAGAAUUCAGACCACAAACAUUCCAAGUUAAAAGUUGCAGAGCCAUGAUGAUUUCUUUAUUUCCCUCCAACUGCUCCCAAUAACUCUUCUUCCUCUGUUGGUGGUUUCGGCUUCUCUGUCUUAUCCUCUCCCAACGGUGGUAAUGUAAGAUCCAAUCCUAUUGAAGGGGCUUCUGGCUCCAAUCCUUUUUGCAGGUCUUCUUGGUAGUCUCUCAAAAAGUUCUGUUUCUCCUCCACAGAUUUAAUUUUAAUUUUUUUGCCUCUAAAACUGAAAGAUAGGCCUUGAGGGAACUCCCACCUGAAAAAAAUUCUGUUUCCUCUCAGCAACGUCACCAGGUCUCGAUAGUUAGACCUAAGCUCCAAAAGAAGCUUUGGAAUGUCUUUAAAUAUUUCUAUCCUUGAGUCUUGUAUUGUCAGUGUAUUUUGAUAAUGUAGGCUCAAAAUUUUAUCUCGUUCCUCUUUUGAUCGCAGGGUAAUCAGGCAGUCUCUCACUCUAUUUUUCCUUGCUCUUCUUCCGAGCCUAAAAGCAGACGUUAUCUUGAAAUCUUCCUUAUCAUUCAAUUGCCAAAAGUUGGCAAAUUCUUGCGUCAGAAAGUCUGCCAGGCUCUCUUUUUCAAUCUCAGGUACUGCUCUGAUCCUUAAGUUGGUCUGUUUCUCCUUUAACUCCAGAAGAGAUAACAAUUCCUGGUGCGUUCCCAAUCUUAUGUGGUGCUCUUGAACUUGUUUAAUUAAAGGUGGUAGUUUUUCUUCAGCAGCUACCGCCUUUUCUCUGGCUUCCAAAGCUGUUUUUGAGUUUCAGCAGAUUGUUCCAGUAGUUUUUAAUCACAUCUGUAUUUUCAUUAGUCUGUCGGGUCAACUUGUCAAUACUUGCAGAGUUUUGUCUAAUGGCUUCUAGAGCCUCGGCAUUUUGUUGACCCAAUUUUUCAAAACCUUCAUUCACAAUUUUAAAUAAACUGGCCAAUCCUUCUUCCUCCCCUUGUGGUCCAGCUAUGGAUUGCCUACGCUGUUGCUGUUGUGCAAUGUUGCUCUGCUGCCUGCCUUUCCCAGACCUCAGAUCUCUUCCUUCCAUGGCACUUUAUCUAAAAGUCAAGGUCACUCUCACAGUCAAAAUUGUUUGUUAUUGUACUUUCCCAGGCUGCUGUUAGGUGGAAAAUUCCUCAGUCAAUUAAAGGCUUUUUCCCUUUUGGCCUCCAGGGGACACAAGUAAUAAAGUAUCAAAAAUAAAGACUCUCAAACAGCCAAAGAGGCAACUUUUUCCCAAAGUUGUAAAACUGUCCCAAAGUUUCAAUUUUGUAAAGUUAAAAGGCAAAAAGAUACAUUGUCCAUUUAGAGUGCUAACAAAGUGUCCAAUCUUCCAAAGCCUGGCAGUCUGUCCCCAGGGAUUGAGAGGUGGUCUUUUAUUUUCUUAUUUGCUCUUUAAGUUACUCAGAAAUAACAGUAAAUUAAGUCUUUAAGUUACUCAGAAAUAACAAUAAAUAAAAGAAAUACUUUCUCUUCUUCCCCCUAAUCCAAUUAUGGGGGAAAUUUACAUUAGAAAUCUGUGUUUCAGUCUUUUUGGCAUUCAUUGGUAUCGAACUCACACAGUCUUUGCUUUAUUCUCUGUACAGACCGGGAGGUGGACUUCCUUUUACACCAUUCCCGCUUCAGCCGAAUAAAUUCAAAAAUUUUUGUUAAUCCUUAUAGCGUGAAACCUACUCACGGGUUGUACUUUUGACAGCCGAAUUGUCAAGGAAGAAAGGUCAGCGCUCUCCAGCAACAGCUGCACGGCUUCACUCCGCGAAAGUAGCAGACGACUCACAGUGCCGCGCUACCCCCGUCCUGCUUCGGAGCCCCUCGCGAGGUUCCUUUGCCGUUCAGGGGCGCGCUCCAGGCACCCGCCGAGUCCCACGACCGCAGGCUUCCUCCGCCUGCGGGUUUCGGAAGGGUCUCCGCUGCGCCGUAGCGGAUCGACCCAGUUUCCGCGGAGCCUCUCCUCAAGAGUUAUGAGGAGAUCGCCAUUACUGUUGGCGCCGCCUCCGGAAGUCUGUUUGCCAUCAUGGCAGCAGCUGGGGACCCAGGAGGAAAUGGUAGGAGUCUGGCGGCUGCAGGAGCCAGGAGGUGGGAGUUGGAGGGAGCAGGGAUGCCAUAUCACCCUCACGCUGCUCCCUGCAAUCUGAAACAGGGCUGGGGUAGGGGGAAGGUUCUUGGUGGCCAGAGAGGGGGAUCCAUUCACAGGUCUCUGUACAGUUGCCAAGUUCCUAAGGCCUCAGGUGCCUCUGCUACCAUUUCCCUGUUCUCUGCUUCACAUAUUCCCUCCUCAGUUUCAGGGUCUUUGCUCAGUCCAUUUGCCCAGCUGCACAAUAGCAUGCUGCUCCUUAGCUCCUGUUCUGCUGAGCUGCAAAGGAAGAAUGUUGUGCAGAGCUCGCGCGCUCUCUCUUUUUCUCUCUGUUGGGGUAAAAAUGCAGCAUCUGCAACUAACAUUACCAAAGUUUGGGAUUUUGAUCAGUAAAAAGAUUACCUGGAAUGGCAAGCGAAGCUGUCACCUGUCUGCUGCCAUUUGAAACCGCCUGUCUUUGUGAGCAAGGCGUCUCAGCAAUGGUGACCUUCCAAACCAAACAGCUUAGCGCUAGGAAAUGAGUCGCGAGUUAGCCUUUCUGUAAUAUCACUCCUCACUGGAAUGAAAUCUGGAAGAGCAAACAUGCCCAGGUGUCCCAGGAGUGAGACUUCUUUUUUUUUUUUUUUUUUAAAGCUUUUGUUUUGCAGUAAUGCUAAGGUAACAGCCAUGUAUAUUGCUCCGUGAAUUGUCAUUUUAGGAUUAAUAACGUGCAUUAUAAAUCAAACAUGGAAGUGGUUCCCAUGUUGCAGGUGGAGAGUCAGAGGGAGUCUGUUCUGUGCCACUUGCAGAUCGCUUCUCUAGGGCUUAAAAAGUACAGUAUCAUCUCUGACCACCAGAGGCCCACACGGGAAGUUAGUGGUUUUCCUUCUGCUAAUCACGAAACCUCCUUCAGUACAGUACAUUACAUCACAGUAGGCUUUCCUUCCCUUCUCUAAAAAGUCGAUUUCUAACUUCAAAGAGGCUUUGCUGACUGACAUUCCCAGGAAGCUGCAGCGUAAAAUGGAUAUAAGCACAGAAAGAGAUCUAGUCUACCUUCUUCCUCCUUCCCAAAGACGCCCCUCUCCAUAUCACUGUAGCAAAGGGAAUGGGAAGAAAAAGUUAAAACAUCAACAACAACCCUGUGCAAUGCGCCUUUGGGCUGAACUCCCAGUUGUUCACUCUUCUGAGGCAUCUGGAUAUGAUUUUCCCAAUACAUUUUCCUUGGCUAAAGGGCUUCACCCUCCUAGGAUCCAGAGUCGCCAAAACUCAGUCAUACCUCCCAAACAAGCCUUUCACCUCUUUCUCCAGGCAAAACAACCCCCAGUUUUAGUGACAUCUGAGGGAGGGGGAGCACCUUCAACACAUCUAUUAUUAGUUUAUCCCAUAAAAUUUAUACAGUGGACCCUCGGGUUAUGUACCUCUCUGGAUACGUAAUCUUUGGGUUGUGAAAGCGGCAAACCCGAAAGUAUUUUCCCGGGUUUUGCCGCUCGCACAUGCGCAGAAGCGCUCUGCGUGCAUGCACAGAAGCGGCGCCUCUGGUUACGGAUAUUUCAGGGUGCACACGCACUCCCAGAACAAAUUAAAUCCGCAUCCAGAGGGUCCACUGUAUAAUGCUUGAUUGUAUGUAUGUAUGUAUAAAUAAAAAAAUAAUCAAUCAAUCUCCCAAGUGUUUUACAAAAUGUAGAGAGGUCACAUAUUUGCUAGGGUCUAUCUCUAAUUUGCAGGUAAUAAAUAAAUAAAAAGUUGGAUCUCUGUGACUCAGUAGAUCCUUCCGUUGGCAGACAAAUAAUGCACAACGUUCUGUCUCCUCAGUGAAGAAGAGCCCUGCACACAGCAUUUCUGUAGCUCCAAUAAGUCCCGUCAUGUGGAUGCCUCAGCCAGCCUAGGAAUGAAAUACUGAUGCACUUACAUUGAAUGGGGCUUCUGGGCUGGCAGAGUGAGCCAUCCCUUCUCCCACUUCUAGUUGCACUCUUCAUGCCUCGGUCUCAUGAGUUUCCCCCCUUAAAAAAAUAGUUUUAUUGAAUAUUUUCUUGUGUAAUAAAAAAGCACAUCCACUUUCAAUUCAUAGAGUCGUUUUCACAGUUUACAAGCGGUAGGAGACACUGUUGUCAUAGACAUUACACAGUUGGGGGAAAAGAUAGGAGAGAGAUGGGGUGUGUGGUGCUAUUUUGUUCUAUUGCAUAAUGUUUGUGCAGUGGUUUUGUGUCGGUGUCAGUCGAGAAGGUCCUUUGUUUAUAUAUUUAUUUUUGUUGGCAGUGCGAGAGAUUAGAGGAUGCCGAGCUUGGUUGGUUGAGUUCAGGUGGUUGCUGUGGGGUUUGUUUGUAUGCGGGAUGGGGUGUUGGGUCAGAUUAGCCAUAUCGGUUUGUAUGCUGUUGGCGGGGAUAUGUCAUUGCUUUGUUGUGCUGCAUAUGUGAUAAAGGGGAGCCACACCGGGGUAAAGACAUAUGCCUCAGUCUCACGAGUUGAAGGGGAGGAAGCCACUGUAGGGGUUGGUCUGUUCUGUGGAUUUUUCUUUCUUUCUUUGUCAUCCUUCUGAAUCCGACUUAGUCAGAGCUUUGUCACAUACAAAAACUGGGCAAAGGUAAAGGACCCCUGGACGGUUAAGUCCAGUCAAAGGCGACUAUGGGGUUGCAGCACUCAUCUCACUUUCAAGCCGAGGGAGCUGGCGUUUGUCCACAGACAGCUUUCUUGGUCAUGUGGCCAGCAGGACUAAACCACUUCUGGCGCAACAGGACACCAUGACGGAAACCAGAGCACAUGGAAAUGCCGUUUACCUUCCCGCCGCAGCGGGGUGUAUUUAUCUACACACACAGGCAUGCUUUCAAACUGCUAGGUUGGCAGGAGCUGGGACAGAGCAACGGGAGCUCACCCCGUCGCGGGUAUUCGAACCGCCAACCUUCUGAUCGGCAAGCCCAAGAGGCGCAGUGGUUUAGACCACAACUGGAGGGAAAGUGGAAGAAGGAUGCUAAAUUAAUCUGCAAAAUCACAUGGCCGCUGCCCAGGUGAAUCAGGACAAAUAACUCAUCAUGUGGGUGCUUUGCUGUGCGAGCUCAGAAGGCUCAUUCAUGGUAAGCAAGUCAAUGGGCCAUUCCCUGUGCAAAGCAUGCAACUCCUAUGUCACUUUCAGAGUUUACAGGAUAUAAUACAGCACUAGCUUUGAGACAAUGAAUAAUUGAGUCUCCAAGCUGGUGAGCUACCAAGGAAUUUUUGAAAGCCAGAAUCCCAUGAAUUGUCCAGCUAUAUUUUGCUUGAAGAUUGGAGGUAGGGGCCUCAAAAUGGGUUCGGGAGCCUUGUUGGGUCCAGAGAUUCCCAUAACACUUAAAGGUCUCACGGGGCCAGCCCAAAUACUUUUUGCAAAUUUUGGUAAUUGUGUCAUUAGAAAACUCCAGAAGCUAGAGGUCUCUGGAUAAGCAAGGGUAGAGGGGAAUACCAUAUUUUUUGCUCUAUAAGACUCACUUUUUCCCUCCUAAAAAGGGGAAAUUUGUGUGCGUCUUAUGGAGCGAAUGCAGGCUGCGCAGCUAUCCCAGAAGCCAGAAUAGGAAGAAGGAUUGCUGCUUUCACUGCGCAGCGAUCCCUCUUGCUGUUCUGGCUUCUGAGAUUCAGAAUCAUUUUUUUCUUGUUUUCCUCCUCCAAAAACUAGGUGCGUCUUGUGGUCUGGUGCAUCUUAUAGAGUGAAAAAUACGGUAUAUCCCUGUAAGUCUACACUGAUAGAAUCAAUAAGCACAGACUCCUAAACAGGGUAGAUUUUUGGUAUGAUUGCCUGAAAGAUCACCAUGUGUUCUGCUUACUGAGAACCCCAAAUCCAAUUCAAAUUCCGGUCUUGACAGAAUUGGACAGCAUCCCAACUUACAUUACUAAUCCACUCUACUUAACCUUAUGCACUGCUAUGGAGACUGCACAUCUUUCCUACCAUUUACAGCGCAGGAAGUUGCUGAAGAAAGCCAGGAAAUCCUACUUCAGAGUUUGAAAGAAGAAGAAGAGAGAUUCAAGAAAAGAUAUGAACUGAUUCAACAAAUAAGAGCAAUAGAGUAUCUGCCUUUAAUGAAGCAAAAAUUUGUUGACUUAACCCAGGUGAGUUCAUUAAGACAGAUUACAAAAGUGCCUGUGUGCAUUUAUUUGUUACUUUCCCAUCCAAGGUUCUCAGUCCAGCACCUGAUUUUACAGCUCCUUUGUGAGAUAGAUUAGGAUGAACGAGAGUGGCCUUCUUGGAAAUCUCCAGCCAUAGGUUGCUAGGGCUUGACUCCCUUAGAGCAACUUCUGGUCAGUGCAAUAACUAGCCAUUUCUGUACCCAGUCAUAGCUCUCCAUUCCAACUCAAACCUCAAAUAAUUUUCUAAUGAAGUCAGAGUUGUGUGUCAAUUAAUGUGCAGGCGACUCCCCACUUACAGGGGGAUUACAUUCCGGGCCGCUGUGUGCGUAAGCAAAAUGUGUGUAAGGGGGAUCCUUGUCAGAGCAGGGAACUAGGGAAAUUUCUUCUGCAACAAAACAUUCAGAGCUCUUCACAACCCUCCAUAACCAAAAGCAACCCAUACUCUUACCUGUGCCUCCAGAGCACCAGAAAUGGCAGGGAACAGCACGCCCGAUUUUGCUGCAUUACAGGUUCCCUGCCCAACAGUGUGGUAGCAGUGAGAGCUUCCACAUGCCAUCUUGAAACCCAUACAUUAUUUUUUUAAAGCCUUUUUGGGCUCCGGGAAGGGGUUUCUCACAAGCCACGAGGACUUCCAGCUCUCUCCUGCCAUUUCUAGGUUUGAAUUGAAAUCAAUUGGUUGAUUCAUUGAUUGAUUUUCUGGCGCGAGUUGAUCAUGCAUAAUUGGAGGGACGCUUGUAUAAUAAAAAAAGAUAGAAUUUGCCGGUUUCUCUUCUCUCUAGACUCCUAACCAUGGUGUUCUUGGUGAGAUGUCCAUAGUAGAACUGCAGGAACGCUUAGCCUUACUGAAACAAGCUCAGAAGAAGGCCGAAGAGGAGAAGAGGGAUCAGAUAAUCCAAGAAAAAUAUGCGAAGGAACAGCUUCUUUUGGACAAACUUGAGCAGAUCUCCAUGUUCAGAGACCAAUUUGGAAGAGCAGCUGCGCUGAAGUUAGUUUGAAGAACUGUAGCAUUUAUAAUACCUAAUUGUGGAUUAUGUAUUUACAGAAACAAAACAAAUAAUUGCUCUUCAAGUUAAUAGAUAGGAAAUAGCUGUAUUCUGUGACGGAUUUCAGAAGUUUAAUACUGCUUUUUAGUAGUAUUCACAAGUUGAGGGGUCCAGCAGCUAACAUGAGUAAAUUUUGACAUUUAAUAGUAAAUCUGAAUUCUUUGUGCUCUCACUCGAUGACCAGAAUCACAUUUCAGAGGUAAAGGACCUUGCAUGUGGGGGAAAUGUCAAAAACAAGUCUUAGGAGUAGAUUAUUCUGUCAUUCACCCUUUCAGAACAAGAACCACUAAAUGCCUUCAAAACAAAACACAAAAGCCAGGGUGUGUCCUUACAGGGUGGACUGAAAUGAUGAUUUGGGUAAUUUUAAAAAUUUCAUUCUAUAAUGUAUAUAAAUCAGAGAGAACAAUUAUAACAGAUGCCAAUUAAAAGAUGAAAACAAAACCAUUGACUAGGCACGUAGAAUAAGUAGUUACACCGUAUUUUUCGCUCCAUAGGGCGCACCGGACCAUAGUGCGCACCUAGUUUUGGGAGGAGGAAAACAAGAAAAAAAUGUUCUGAAUCCCAGAAGCCAGAACAGCAAGAGGGAUCUGGUUUCUGGGAUACCGUGUGGCUGUUCUGGCUUCUGGGAUAACCGCGCCAAGACUCUUCAGGGCAGCGGGAUGAAGGCUCCCCCUGCCCAAAGAGGCUGCGCACGGCUAAGGCAGAAGCCAGGACAGGCAUCUUCUGUUCCUCCUCCGGCUUCCAGGUCAGGCGCGUCGCCGCAAUGCCGGAGGAGGAACAGAAGGAGUCCCAUCUGUUCCUCCUCUGGCUUCGCAUGAUAGGCGCGUCACUGAUAGCCACCUGAAGCCUUUGGAGCGCAGUGGGAACGCUUGGGUUUUUCCGUCUUGCACUCUUUCACAAAUCACCUGGCUCCUGCAAAAGCUCAGGACCAAAAAACAAGCAUCUUUGAAUUUUGGUCAGUGGGAUUUUGGAGAGUGUGACAUAUGAGUUAAGUAGCAAUGUCCAAGCCAUUAAAGCAAAAAGCAAAAAUAAAAGUUUUCUUCAUAUAAAGAAAUAAUAUUAGUGCGGUUUUAUUGUCAAGUAUAGUUCCAAAUUUGCCAUGCUUGUGAUGAUGGUUGUCUUAAAAUGAUGCUUCUACUGUAUAUGUAAUGAAGGAAUGACAAACCAUAUAACAAGUGUCCAGAGGCUCUAGUCGUCGUCAAAAUAUGCAUAAUUUUCUCCAUCAUAGCUAUACUCCAUCUUGAAUGGUACUGUGUCCAAUGUAAGAUUUUGGGCUGUUUCCCAUUGAGUUGCAAUUAAUACAGUAUGUGAGCUGCCAGGACCAUACAUGAGGCCAAUUCUCAAUUCUCAUUUUUAUAUAUCUACCUUUGUAUCAUGAAGAAUAUUCCAUAACUGUAAUUUUGGACAAUAGUUUAUUUAGUAAUAUUUAUCAUUUCUGCCAAAAUUAAAUUCCAGAAAUCUUGUACCAAUGUGCAUUGUCACCAGAAAUGAUAAGCACCAAAUUUAUUGCAGCUCCCCCAAGAAUUAGGUGACAGAGAAGAAAACAUUUUGGGCAUUUGCAAGGUAAUGCGAUACCAUCUGUGUAGUAAUUUCAAGGAGUUUCCCCGAAAGAAACUAGAAACAGAUUUUAAGGGUUGUGAUUCCCAAAUUUUAUUCUAACUUUUGGGGAGAAUUUGUGUGCCAAUAUCAUCUUCCUAAGUUGCGUUAAGCAACACAGAGUGCAGCUUAGAAAUUAAUCCUUUUUGCUCUCUACCCAUUGUGUUCAAUAAUUUUAAAAAUUGUGUUAAGGGUCUCAGAGCUUGUUUCUUAAUUGUUAUUUUAUGAUUGAACUAUGAGUUUGAUUAAAAUAAGUUCGCAUUAAGGUUUGACAGAGCUAAUUUUAUCUGGUUGGUUAAUAGGUGUAGGUUGAUUAGCGGUAUAGAAAAAUCACAAUGUGUGUAAAAUCUUUGGAUUCCCAUUGUUCAAAUCACUUAUUUCUCCCCUGCUACAAAAAAUGGGUGAUCUGAUACUGUGAUUAAUGGGAAAAUAACAGCAUUUGUUCUUACUUUUUUCUUAUUUGCUCUGCAGGCUGGAGGAAAAGAAAACCAAGCCACCGCUUCGCGAACGCAUUUUGAAAGAUCAACAAGUUUUGGAGCUGAAACAAAAGAUUAUGGAAAAAUCUAUGGAGCGUAAAAUGCAAGCUGAGAAAAUGCAGACUGCAUCCCUAAAGUACGACGAAGGGUCAGUCACAUCUUGGAGGCCAAAGAAAGUAAGAAAUUUCUUGUUCUUGUGUAAAUCGCUGUCCAAACAUAGCAUGGAAAUAAGUUCUUUGCAGCUGGAACUGGACACAGUAUUCCAAGUGUGGUGACACCAUAGGUUUGUAUAAAGACAUUGCAAUCUUCAGUUUCACUGUCAGUCACUUUCCUAACGAUACCUACCAUGAAAUUUGCAUUGCACAGCUGCCACACACUGGAUCAUGUUCACUGAGCUGUUCACCGGGCUCCUAAUAUCUUGUCUGGUCAGUCACUAGCAAUUUGCACCCCAUUAAUGUACAGUGGUACCUUGGUUCUCAAAUGCCUUGGUUCUCAAACAACUUGGAACCCAAACACUGCAAACCCGCAAGUAAGUGUUCCGGUUUGCGAACUUUUUUCGGAAGUCGAACGUGGUCCAUUUUGAGUUUCACACUUCCGUUUUAAGUGUUACGCUGAGGCCCAUCUGUUUUUGCUAUUUAUUUUGCGUUUUUGUGGCUCUUCUUUUUUGCGUGACUGUGUGGAACCCCGUUUAGCUACGGAUUGAUUGUGUGACUGCAGUACAUUGUUUAUUGCUUUCAUUUUAUGGAACAAUGGUCUCGUUUAGAUAGUAAAAUUCAUGUUAAAUUGCUGUUUUAGGGGUUGUUUUUAGAAGUGUGGAACGGAUUAAUCUGUUUUGCAUUACUUUCUAUGGGAAAGUGCACCUUGAUUUUGGAACGCUUUGGUUUUGGAGUGGACUUCUGGAACGGAUUAAGUUUGAGAACCAAAGUACCACUGUAUAUUUAAAGUUAAUAUUCCUGCCCCCCCCCAAAAAAAUCACUUUAUAUUUGCUUAUGCUAAACUCUUAUUUGCCAUUUUACUUUUUACCACCUAGAACAAUUUGGUGCCUGCAGCAAACUUGCUCCCCUUACUGCUGAUCCCUAACUUCAGAUAGUUUGUGAACAAGCUGGAAAGUAGCAUUCCCAGUGCAGGUCAUAAUUGGCGGGUCUCACAUCCAUUGUGAGAAUUGUCUCUGCUUCCUGCCUUUACUGAUCCGUAAGAUGACCUGCCCCAUGACUGCUAAGCUUACUCAAGAGUCUGCUGAGGAACCUUUUGAAGAUUUGUUAGGAGCUAUUUGAAAGACGGCGGAAACGCCUCUUUCUGUUCACUUACAGACUUACUGGAGAACUCUUCAAGGUUAGUUAGAAUAGGACAUAACUUGGUGGAAGCCAUGCUUCUUCAGAAAUACUUGUUCUUCUGUAUGCUUGGUAAUUUUAUCUUUAAUAAUAUUAAUGUUAAACUAACUGGCCUGUAAGGUUAGCAAUUUCUUAUUUGAGUUCUUUAAGACAGCUCAAGUGGUUACCAUCUGGGUAUGGCUAUUUGUUAGCUUUUAAUUUGUUGGUGCAGCUUAGAACUUCAUGUCUUGCCACCACUAUUUGCCUGAGUUUUUGAGACCCUUUUCCUGAGCAGUCUGCUGUAUACUGCAGUGAAGACAGAAGCAAAUAAUUCAGUUUCUCUGCAGUCUCCCUUUCCUCCUUAGCGCACCUCUAACUCCCUUGCUAUCCAAUGAUCCAACUAUCCUCCAGCCACUUUCCUGCUUCCAAUGUUUAAAGAAUUGUUUUGGCGAUCUUUCCCCCUCAAAGAAUCAUUUCUGCCUCUGAUAGCUUUCGUGACUCUGUUCAUCAACUCUGCUAGCAACCUCUUGGACUUGCCAGUACCUUUCCUGAUCUGCAGAAGCGUCUGUUAAUUGUAGUUUUGAAUAACCACCAAAUGUUCUGGAGAUUUGACUCUUGACUUUCCCCUUUCAACUUGCUUUUUCCCAGUCUCCUCGUUUUUGAGAAGCUUCCUCUUUUGAAGUCAAAUAGGACUGUGUGAUUUUUGAUUUUCGCAAUUGUUCAGUUAUGUUGAAUUUGAUAGCACUGUGGUCAUUCUUGCCAGUUGGUUCCACAGCUCUUAGUUCUUGCGCCCGGUUUUGGGUGCCCCUUAAGAUUAAGUUCAGGGCCUUCAUCUCCCCUCUCAUCAGCUCCAUAAACACCUCUUGUAAGGCACUGCGAUUUACCGUAUUUUUUGCUCUAUAAGACUCACUUUUUCCCUCCUAAAAAGUAAGGGGGAAUGUGUGUGCGUCUUAUGGAGCGAAUGCAGGCUGCGCAGCUAUCCCAGAAGCCAGAACAGCAAGAGGGAUUGCUGCUUUCACUGCGCAGCGAUCCCUCUUGCUGUUCUGGCUUCUGAGAUUCAGAAUAUUUUUUUUCUUGUUUUCCUCCUCCAAAAACUAGGUGCGUCUUAUGGUCUGGUGCGUCUUAUAGAGCGGAAAAUACGGUAUAUUUAGAAAUGUUACCUCUUUGUUGUGACCAGAACAUGCAUUUACCCAAUCUAUGUGAGGGUGUAAUUGUGGUCACGUUACUACAACACUUACUUCUUGGGAUGCCUCCUUACUUUCAUGCUCCAUCUCAAAUUUUUGGUCAGGAGGUGAUACGAUGAUAGUAUGUCACCAGUGCCAAUUUCCUUUUGGUGCCUGGUAUUGCAGUUUACAAUUCUGUGGAGUAGUCUGCCUCUGGGGGUUUCUAGCUUGUUUGCCUCAGUGUCCUCUAAGCAACACCCACCACCUGGCAUACAUCUGGGAUCUCCUGGACAUUACUGGGAUCUCAAAGGCGGAAGUGAUUCCUGGGGGGGAAUCUGUGGAAGGCGGUGGGUUUUUUUGGUGUUUCUGUAAAAAAAAAGCUCAAGAACUUUGGGGUUAUUCUAGAAAAAAAGCUGAACAAUUUUGGGGUCUUCCUGAAAAAAACCUCAACUUUCGGGGUGUCCUGCUUUUUUACUUUUUGAAAUAUGACAUCUCUCCCCUUGUCUGUCUUUCCAAUAGAAUCUGCAUGUAGAAAUAAAUAUCCCACUGGUUCUCUCCGUUCUACUAGGUUUGUUAUUCCCAGCAUAUAGCCAGUGUGCAGGUAUAACAGUUAGCAUGUCGGAGUAGGACCUGGGAGACCAGGGUUCAAAUCCUUAUCUGGCCAUGAAGCUCACUGGGUGACUGUUAUGUACUGAGUUGAAUAGGAUCCAAAAGGCAGCAGUCUGAUUGGUCCUAGAACAAUAGGAUUCAGAAUGCAGCAGUCUGAUUGGUCCUAGAACAAUAGGAUUCAGAAUGCAGCAGUCUGAUUGGUCCUAGAACAAUUCAGCAGUAUGAUUGGUCCGCAGGAGCCACCCAAUCCAGCUCCAGGUGGAAGUGAAUCCGCAACCUGAUCGGCCUACAGGAGAAUUCCAGAAUUAGCCAAUCACAUGCGGCUCAUUGUGUAAAUGAUGUAUAUAAAGCAGAUAUUUUGGGGGAACUUUCAUUCCUCACUACUAUGAGCUGAAUAAAGAGCAUGAAAUCCACACUCGACUCAGAGUAUAUUUCAGUGACCUUGGGCUAGCCACCGCCUCUCAGCCUAAUCUACCUCACAGGGUUGUUGCGGGCAUUAAAUGUGGAGGAGGAGAAUCACGUAUGCCACCACGAGCUCCUGGGGCAAAACAGUGGCCCCUUCCCCACAAGCAGUAUCCAGGAAAGCUGUACUGAUGCUGGCAACGGGAGUGUGGUUCUGCUUCUAAUAGUACUGCCUCUGAUCUACAUUUGCGAGACCAUAAAAUGCUUUUCUCUUAUUGAACACCUUUGUACCAAUACCAGAAUAUUCUGUGUGUUGCUUCCACAGAAAUCUCAGCGUGAGGAUCACUGGAAGAAGUUGGAAGAAAGUCAACAGCGGCAGUUCAAAAUGCUUCAACAUGGUUUUAUGGCAAGAGAAUUGACUCAGAAAAGGAUGACCAAUGAGACUUUAAGAACUGGAACCAAGGCUUGUAUAUUGCGCUCUUAAGUCAGACAAAGCUAUUUCUACGUUUAUUUCUGUUUAUGAGACGUUUACUAGGUCUUUUAUACUGUAAGCACCAAGAGCUAGUUUUGGUUCACAGUAUCUCAGUAUUCUUUUUCAGCUGUUUCCUACCGUUACAAGAUUUCCCUCCCAUUGAUGUCAAUGGGAGAGAGAAUUAAUGCACUAAGGCUAGCGCCCUCCCUCCCCAACCCCCGCCUCCUACUCCUGCCCCAGCCAGCACAGCCCCUUUUUGUCAUUACCUCCAUUGGAGCAUCGGUGUCAGACUAGCAAGAGUGGUGGAAAUUUCCAUGUCCACAGUGGGGAGGUUUGUUCCAUUAAAGAUAACCCACAUUGUGAAAACGUGUCUGGCUGAGUAUGUCCUCCUCAUCACAUGCAAUUUACAAUGCUCUGCUAAGGCAGUGCCCAGACCACAAAUUUGGCAAGAAUUCUCUUGCGCUCCUCCACUGCUUGAAAUCUCUAGGCUUGCCGACACUAAAAGGAAAGUUACCAACUCUCAGUAACACAUAAUUCUUGGGAAGAAGCCCUCCUGAAUAUGAUGGGAUUUAUUUUUGAGUAGACACGCACACCAGACUUUGGCGUAAAACAGGUGUUUUGAGCUGGUGGGAGUUAAACUUGUUUUUAUUCACCCCCUUCGCUGUUCUGCCAGGCUUCAGUGCAAUGCAUCAAAAAGUAACCGGGGUCCACUGUGCCAACCAGUCAUUCAGUCCUGCCUUUGCCAGUUAACCCCUUGAUCCCUGAUAAAUGGUGAUUCUGUAAUGCAGAAAAUAAGAUGGUAGCCUACAUUGUGACGUCUUGAUCAUAUAAGCUCUGUUAAUGCAGUCAAAGAAAUGCCAUACACAUACACAGCUUACACGAAGCUACUGGGAGGUGGGUUUGUAGCUGGUUGACUGACUAAACCCGGAGUGUGCUCACCAGUGGUUCCUUGUCAUCCUCAAAAAAGGUGACAAGCGGAGUGCCACAGGCUUCUGUCCCGAGCCCAAUAUUGUUCAUCAUCUUUGCAAAUGACUUGAAUGAUGGAAUUGAGUGGAUGCCCAUCAAAUAUGCAGAUUACACCAACCUUCCUCAGCUUUCAGGAACUAGUAACAAUAGAUACAGCAUUAACUAUAUAGCCCUGUUUAGGGAAGUUUUAAAUAUUUGAUAAAGUUUUAUUCUGUUUUCAAUCUGUUGGGAGCCACCCAAGUUUGAGCAGAUGUCUUAUCUGAAGCUGCCUGUCCAUUUUAAAAGAUACAGAUGUGUUUUCUUAGCCUUUAAAUUGUUUGCACUGAAACACAAGCAGUUGGGGAGAAUUUUCACAUCCCCCCCAGCUCCUGCCCAUGUUUGCCAUGCUUGAAAGAGGCUUCAGGUUUCCUCACAAAUCCUCCUGUAUGUGUGGUUUUAGGAUGAUGCCAACUAGCCACAUAAGGCUACUUUCCACGCCUCUGAAAUAAUGUUUCAAGUUUGGGCUUUUCAAAUUGCUGGUAGUGUGAGGAAGACAAAAGUAUAUUAGCAGGCUUAUUGUCUCCCAGUUUCCCACUCAUUCAUUGUCUUUGUGGUCCAAGGUGUGUGCAAAAUUCAAGGAAAACUAUGGGCAAGGUAGGUGAAGUAUCUUACUCUUUUUUUUAAUCAUUGGCCAUUUCCAUUUCUUCCGCAUCUUCACAGAUGUGGUAUAUCGCACCGAGUUUCUUGAUGUACUGGAAGAGGGGAGGACCAGGGUUCAAAUCCCAUUUAGCUAUGGAGCCUGGGCCAAGCACUUUCUCAGCAAAACUCGCCUCACAGGAUUGAUGAGGAAAAGGGCCGGUGGUGGUGAUUGUGAGAACUUUGUACAUUAGCCUGAGCCCCUUAAAGAAGCGGUGGAAUCAAAGUAUAAUAAAUUCAAACUGAGCUUGCAAAUGCCUUGGGGGAAAUACAGUGCAACAUCUUAGCUGCAAAAGGCGAGAGCUAUGCCUGCUGCCUUUUAAGCCCCCCAUGCACCCCCACCAGCAGCCCAUUUUCUAAAGAAGGGUGAAUGUGUGCUCAGUUAUCAGGACAAAACUUGAGCUCAGCCUGCAGAAAAGCUGAAACUGACUCGGGAAAGGUGGAGAAGUGCUGCCAUGAAUGCGUGCUCUAUCAUUUCACGUUCUUUAAUGUACCGAGUAGACCUGUUGCACCAAAUUGCAGCCAUGUUUCAGGUCUCCUGAAAGUGGCAAAAAAGGAAGAGUCCUCAUGCUCUUAGGAAUCCUACACGUUGCCAGCUGCACAUAUAUUUCCAGAAAUAAAUGCAACCACAGAUAAGUAAAAACUUCCAGCAACUGACAGGUAAUUCGGCGAAAGUAGUGUUAUGUUUCUGCUAAAGGAAGGGGGGGGGGGGAAAGGAAGAAAAGACAGUGUUAACAGUCACUAAAAUCCCCUCCAUAUUUUUGUGAAAGUAGAAAGGAGAUCAAGGCUGCUGGUGCCACUCCUAUGUGGAUUCAACAUUUCUGAGAAAGCCAGAAAUGUUCAAUGAGGAAUGCCAGAAAAAGGUGUAAGAGUCAGGAGGAUGGCAUGUGAAGAUUCUGACGGAACCUGCAACCUAGCUGGGAUACUUUGAAAUUGCCUUGCAGUACAGCACUCUCUGCAGUCUGCCGGCUUUCAUAUGUUUUAAUGGGAUAAACAAUGGCAUAGCUUCUUAAUCAUUGCUCCUACUUGCCAUCAGCCUGUAAAACAGUAGAAGUCAGUUGCUCUGUUUAUAACUGCAUGAAAAUUUAAUUUUAAUAGAUUCCCCCCGCCCCCCUAGUAACAGCACUCAACAUUUUUAACAAACCCAGUCUUUUGAAAAAGGGAAUUACAAAAAGGUAAAAUAAGUUGUCUCUUCUAUUUAAUGGCAAGGUAAACUUUCUCUUUUGUAAAAAUGUGAAAUGAAAGAACUGCCUCCUAAGAAAUAGCAGGAUUAACAUGAUAUGUUAUUUGAGACUGGAUCACACAAUGUAUGUAUGGCUGACCAUCUGAAUGGAACGUAGUGCAGCCAAUAGAGCACUUUCUAAACUCUGAAAGGGUAAGGCUUGAUGUGCUGGGAAACUUUAUACGAAAAUAACUUACACCCCAGAAUGGACAAAAACCAAGGUAGAACAUAGAAGAGAUUACAUGACACCCUCAUUACAGAACCUCCUCAAGUCUCAUUAUAAAAUUUAUAUUAAAACUUAGUAAAGUGCAUCUUUUAAAAGACUUGUCUAGUGAAAGAGCAUUUGGAAAAUAUAAAACACUUAACACAAGACAUAUAAUAAUAGUUAAAUCAGAAUGUACAUUUUCAAAAACUACUUUUUUAAAUUUUUUGAUUCACUCAAGAAUAAAUGGUGUCAGCUACAGUAGUGUUCACAUUAUUCUUCAGUAUUAUGCAGCCUCAUAUGAUUUUGUUAGUUGGCAAUCUUUAGAUUUGGAGCAUGGCAAAAGAAGCAGUCUAAACCACUGCUACUUCUCUCUGUGUAAUAAGGCUCCUCUGGCAGACAGAUGCAUGCCAUAAAACCAUGCUCAGAUUUUGGGAAGCUUUGGUGCACUGACCACAGGAUUGGCCUCCUGCAAGUACCUCCGCCCUGCAUUCUUGUAGUCAUAAGUACAUGUGUGAGUCUCUGCAUAGCGGUGAGUUGCACAGAAGUUGUUUCCACAUCUGAAAAGAGAAAGGCAAGUGUUAGCGAUCUUCCACAAAUCUCAUAGUCCAGAUACUGUCCCAGAAAUAAAAUAAUGCCGUUUUUAAUGGUUGAAGGUCUCAUCUAAACGAGUUGAGUAACACAGGAAGGCUUGUAAAACCAGAGAGACAAAAUCACUAACUCCUGAUGCGAGAUCUGCAUUCUUUGUACAGCACGAUCUACUGUAUGUUCACUGGAAAAAAGUCCGUUUUGGAUAAGGAAGAUAUUGGACUAUGCAGAACUGGCAAAAUCCAACAGCAAAAUUAAAAAAAUCUAAUGAUGAGUGUUUUGUGGAAGAAUGGAUGCUUUUUCAGACUACUUAAAUAUUAUAGUAUGGUGAACUCAUGAGCAGGAUUUCAGCUAUGAGCAACAGAAGUAAUUUGAAUGUAAUAAUUUGGUUAUGUUUUGAUAGACGGAAGAUAGGCUGCAGCAGUAGGGGAGUAAAAACAACUGCAUGGGAAAAGGGGUGGGGAGUCAACAAAAAUAUGACAAAAGGUGAACUUGUGUUAUGACUAUGUAUGUUAAAAAUGUUGAAACUCAAUAAAAUAUAAUUGGA